GUCAUGUCCGUUAGAUUCCGAACCUUUGUAGCGGAGGGAAGAAAACGUUCUGAAAGCUGUCUCUGCAUGUAGGGCAGUGCUAUCCGGUAUAUUAAUGUAAUGGAGGGGAAACUGCACGAUUAACAUAUGGCGGUCGUGUGCAAGCAUAAUGACAUCCGUUUAUAUAGACAAACAUAUAUACAUUUAAUUAAUUUGUAUUAAGGUGUUGGCAAGAAAAUGGGUCAUAUUACCAGAAUAAAGACACAUGGAGAUUUAUAUUUUCCUACCUAGGGCUGAAAGGGUCAUUAAUGUUAUAACUAUGUAAUCUGUUCAGGGCCAGGUAACAAACAGCCCUUGCUAUUAUGAGAGUUUUAACACUUACUUAAAGGUUCAUGAGUGCACAAGAAAUACAAGUUUAUCAUGUAACAUUAAAAAAUAGUUAUUUGUGCAUUCACACACACUGCAUAACCAGUACACACAACCCAUGGGGCCCCGGUGCGAAAACUGAUCCAUGGGCCCCCCUCCCCUGCGCGAGCCGGGGCCGCAACACAUGGCGGCAGGGCUCCGACCGCGGUAUGUACGCCAGUGCAUGCAGAUACACAUAUACUUAACCCAUGACAUGUCAUGAUUCCCUUUUAUUCCAGAAGUUUGGUCCUUAAGGGGUUAAAGGACCACUACAGACACCCAGAUCACAUCAGCUCAAUGAAGUGGUCUGGGUGCCAGGUCCCUCUAGUUUUAACCCUGCCGCUGAAAACAGCAGUUUCAGAGAAACUGAGGGUUAAUCCAGCCUCUAGUGGCUGUCUCAUUGACAGCCGCAAGAGGACCUUCCGCGAUUCUCACUGUGAAAAUCACAGUGAGAAAACGCUGAACGUCCAUAGGAAAGCAUUGAGUAAUGCUUACCUAUGGGCGGUUUGAAUGCGUGUGUGGCUCUUGCCGCGCAUGCGCAUUCAGAGCUGAGAGGCGGAUCGGGGCGGAGAGAUCACCAGCGCCAAGGGAUUCCGGCGCUGGAGAAAGGUAAGUGCUGAAGACACACACACACACUCUCACGAACAGACACCCUCAGUGACAGACAUACAUACACACUCACAGACAGACACAUACACACACUCACUAACAGACACACUCUAACACACGUUUUUUAAAAAAUGUAAUCCCCCAGCCUCCCUACCUUUGGGAGUGCUGAGGGGAUUCCCUGGGGUCCAGUGGUGUCACCCGGCUGGCGGGCGCGCGAGGGAGCACUCUCCCCUGCGUGAUCCCUGUUCAGCUCCAUCGCGCGCCACGUACUGAUAACGGAGCCGGAAGAUGACAUCAUCUUCCGGUUUCAGUGCGGUGCACGAGGGAGCACACAGGGGAGAGUGCUCCCUCGCGCACCCACCAGCCUGCCCACCGGGUGACACCAGGGCCAGCCUCGGGGGGGCCCUGAGGUGGCUGGCUCCUGGGCCACCCAGGAGAAGAGGCUGGCCACAGUGGGUACAUACCAGGCGGCCGGGUCCAGUCGCAGACGCGACCCCAGUAUGUACGCCACUGUACAUAACUAUAAAGCACGUGAAGUGCAUACUUCCCAAAGGUCCCACAUUUGGUGUGGCAGUCACGAUUUCCAAUGUCCUGGGUUUAUUCUCUGCACCAGAAAAAUACCCUACUGAAGCAUUGCAUUAUUUUAGUAAUUUAAUUUUAUAUGCCCUGGUUUUGAAAAUAUUUCUCAUGCGUAAGAAUUUCAUCCCUUCAGGAACAAUGUUUAAAUGCUAAUUUGUUUUGGCAGUGACAGAUAAAUAAUUGCCUUCAAUAUGUAACUCCCAUGAUUUUCCAAUAGGCAAAGCUUUGAAGUGAUAAGAGUUAAAGUCCUCUUCAGAACUUUUUUUUUUCUUCUAACAAAAGUUAAACAGGUACCAAAUAAAUAAUAAAUAAAUAAAUUAUCCCCUAGUGAAAAAACUUCACCACAAAUAUAUACAAAAAGACAGGAGAAUAGGAUAAGGUAAAUUAUAAGGAGUGGAUUUCCCUGCUUAUCAAGGGAAAUGGCAGUGAGGGUAGUGUAACUUGAUGGCAGGUGCAAGCCACUGACUUAAUAACAUUUAACUUUUAAUGGUAAUGCAUUUAAAAAGGUAGUAUGCACCUAACAAUCUAAGUGAAAGUGUAGGUAAAACGGCACUUAAACGCCUGUGCGGCUGGUAGUUAUAUAGCCUAUGUGGUAUUAAGUCGCAGUGUAUCGUUGAUACCGUAAUGGGACAAUACUGACGGUUAUCUGAGGCCACACAGUCCCACGGACUAGGAUCAGUAUAAAUCUGAGUUCGUUAGAGACCCAAAUCUAAGUCAUGUUUGCUCUAGGAUUGAGCAGGGUAAGGAUACAUAAUACUUAGAUCAUACAGAGAUAAUUUGCCAAUCAGAUAUUUGCAACAAAGUAACCUGUAAUAGUAUGAAUGAUGGUUGGGGCUGGUUGUAACUUUAAAGUAAAGAAUUCCGUUCGGAACGCUGUCUAUGUCAUUUCAAGGUGACAUUCUGUCUUUCUAUGGAUAUUCUUUUAAAUCCUAGGGGGAGAUGUCUAUUAGCUUUGUCCCCGUGUGAUUUAUGCAGCACGAGUUAAAUGCCUGAUAGAGCAGUACACAUUUAGCUAAGGGGAAUAUAACAGUGGAACUUAGUGGCAAAAAUAACAGUCCGUCUGUAGGUGAGUCUCCCACUUUAAUAUUGGUAGGUGAUAUCUGAUAACUUAUGAUUGUGUGAAGUUGUGCCACACGAAUUGAUAGCCAGAUAUGAUGGAACAAGAUCGCUAGCUAAUACAAGAAUAUAGUGUAAACUACCAAAGUGGCAGUCUGACUGUUAGUGAAUAACCCUUUUUUGCAAGAAAUGUCUGCUGGCGAUAUGCUCAUGCAGAGUAUGCAGUCUUGGCAGGGCCGCCAUCAGGGCAUGACAACCGCAACGGUUGUCAUGGGCCCGGCGGUCCUGGGGGGCCCGGACUGCUAAGGUCGUCCGGGCCCCACAUUCAGUGGGUACAUACAGGGUCGCAGGGGGCCCUGCGUCAUCUUCCGGCUCCGCAUCAGUACGGCGCACGAGGGAGCUGAAGAGGAAGCACACAGAGUAGAGUGCUCCCUCGCGCGCCCUCCCGGGUCAGGGAGGAAAUUUGAGUGAGUGGGGUGGGGGGGAGGGAGGAAAUUUGAGUGAGUGGGGGUGGGGGGAGGGAGGAAACUCUGGAGUGAGUGGGGGUGGGGGGGGAGGAGGAGGAAACUUGGAGGAGUGGGGGGAGGAAAUCUUGAGUGGGUGGGGGGGAGGGAGGAAAUUUGAGUGGGGGGAGGGAAAGGAGGAAACCUGAGUGAGUGGGGGGAGGGGAGGAAAUGUGAGUGGGGGGUGUGGAGGAGGGAGGAAAUUUGAGUGAGUGGGGGAGAGGAGGAAACCUGAGUGAGUGGGGGGAGUGGGAAGGAGGAAACUCUUGAGUGAGUGAGGGGGGGGAGAGGGGAGGAAAUUUGAGGAGUGGGGAGGGAGAGGAGGGAGGAAAUUUGAGGCGGGUGGGAGAGGGAGGGAGGAAAUUUUGAGUGGAGUGGGGGGGGAGAGGGAGGGGAGGAAAUUUGAGGGAGUGGGAGGGAGGGGAGAGGAAGGAGGAAAUUUGAGGGGGGGAGAGAGGAAGAAAUUUGAGGGGGGGGGAGGAGGAAGGAAACUGAGGGAGGGGGGAGAGGAAGGGGAGGAAUUUGACGGGGAGGAAGGAGGAAAAUGGGGAGAGGAAGCAAGGAAAUUUGAGGGAGGGGAGAGAAGGAGGAACCUGAGGAGAGGAAGGGAGGAAAUUUGGAGGGGAGAGUGGAAGGAAAUUUGAGGGAGGGUGGAGAGGGAGGGUGGGAGAGGAAGGGAGGAAAUUUGAGGGAGGGGAGAGAGGAAGGAGAAAAAUUUGAGGGAGGAGGAGGAGGAAGGAGGAAUUUGAGGGAGGGGGAGAGGAAGGGAGGAAAUUUGAGGGAGGGGGGGAGAGGAAGGGAGGAAAUUUGAGGGAGGGGGGGAGAAGGAAGGAAAUGAGAGGGGGAGAAGGAAGGAAAUGAGAGGGAGGGGGGGAGAAGGCAAUGAGAGGGAGGGGGAGAAGAAGGAAAUUGGAUAGAGGGGGGAGAAGGAAAUUGACGGGGGUAGAGGGAGAGAUUGACAUCCAUCACACACACACACAAUGCACCCCUUGCACACAGAAAAACACACAAUGUAUUACACACAGACACACAUACACAAGCAAUGCAUCCCUUACACACAGAAACACCCAAUGCACCCCUUACACACACUCAAUGCAUCCCUUACAGACGCACACACUGCAUCCCAUACAUACACAAACUCACCUUGCAGCCCUUACACAUACAAACACAGAUUUACACAAUGCAUUCCUUACACACAUCAGGACAUCCCCCACACACACACUCCACCCCCUGUGAACAAACUCAUUGGUGGAACAUGAAGGUGGACCCUGGGACCCAGACCUUGAGCUGUGUAAAGGGCCCUCAAAAAAAUGGAGCUGCUUCCCGUUCUCCCAGAACAUUGAUUUUUGUGACCACAGUUACAAACCGCCUCCAGAGAGCCUGUUCUACACCAGACCAGUGGAGCCAGACGGCAGCUAGAGCCCAUCAUCAUCCUCAUCUGGUUGUAAGUAGGCAAUCUAGUAUAUUAUUUGUGGCACUAAUCUCUAAUUUACCUCACAUUAAAGGGACACUAUAGUCCCCAGAACCACUGCAGCUAAUGUAGUGGUUCUGGUGUCUAUAGCCUGUCCCUGCAGGCCUUUUAUUGUAAACACAGCGGCACUGCAGCACUGUGUUAGUUAACAUGGCAGAUCAUAUAGGUGGGGCAUUGUGAUAUCACAUGGGGGGCGGCAAACUUUACUUUUGCCUAGGGCGGCAAAAAUCCUUGCAGACACUGCAUCCCUGUGGGCGGACUUGGGGAGGGGGACUCGGGUGCAGGCACCGGGGGGCCCAGACCUUGAGCUGUGUCAGGGGGCCCAAAAUUUCUGAUGGCAGCCCUGAGUCUUGGUGAAUAGCCAGGUAAGACAAUUAACAAGCGGAGAGUAGUGGGUAUAGAGGUAAUUAUCAACUGCUAUGCCGGUAGGUAUCUAUCGCCAGCAUGUCAGUAUCUACCUGAGUGUAAGCUGGGAUAGUGUAGAGAUCAGUGUGGGGGUAGAUUCACUAAACAGUACUUUACUGUUUGGCUACGAGACAAUCAUGGGAGAUUGCUAGACAAGGGGUACUGAGUCUAUGAGGUCUAAUUGAUCUUGCAGCAACGAUUGGCAUUAGUGCCGGAACAGGUACAAAUAGAAAUACACUAGCACUCUCUGUAGGUAGAUAUCAAAGCGCUUUUUUGCUGUCAUUCGGUAAUUAAUUGUAAAAUACGCUUGAUGGUCUUACAAUUGAGCCAAAAGUAGAUUAAUAGAAGGGAGAAGGAAUACAGUGGAGUCAGUUAGCUAGAAUAAUAUAGGUAGGGUAAGCCCUAAAGUGAGGUAUCCUAUGUACAGUGCCUUCAAGGGCAUCCCUUAAAAAAAGGCCUAAUACUAGUACUUUCUAAGGGAAAUAUCCACCCUCCCUCAUUGUUAAUAAAUGCCCCUUAGUGCUACCAGAUGCUACGGAAAUAGGUAGUGUUGUGAUAACCCUAACAUUAACAAGGUGACAGCGUGGAAAACGAGCUCAGUGAUUCUCGAUUAAGAUAAGUGAAAAACACACGUUCUAGCUAAGCAGUUUGUCUAGUAACAGUAACUGACAUCAAAGCCUAGAAUGAGUGGUGCCUUGAUAAUUGAAUCUGCUCAUGAUUUUGCAGGUUUAUCAGGUAUAGGUACCACACUGAUGGUACAGUGGCUGUGGAUAGCACUUAGUCAGUUCCCCUGACUCGCGUUCCGCCACUUUGGCUCAUCAGAGGGGAGCCGCCCCUCUGAUGGAACCCGGUUAAGAAGGGAGUAGGUUGGCUAUGAUUGGUCCAUUUAAAAAUCAAUUGGACCAAUGGGAAUGGUGAAAUUCCUUUAAUGGGAGUGUAUCUAACGUAUCCCUUUCAGUCAUGGAGGGAAUUCUCUAUUCAAAGCCAACCAAUAGGGAAAGUGACCCUUAGUGAAAAUUAAGGAAUAAAACCAGUUGGUAAUUUUAGUGUGACUAAAACUUAGCAUCAUCCACAAAACUUUAAAGAGGAAGGCAUUGUUAUACCUAACUUACUUAGUAAAUGCAGUAUAUAAAGUAUUUAAUAUAGUAAGAACUUAGUUGGUGACAGUUUGGAAUUUUUGCCAUAAAGAAUAAAUGUAGGAAAGAAUAUAUUUCUGGGUUGAAUGUGUGAUUAAUGUAUAAAAGGAAUAAAGUUGAACUCCUUAUUGAGACCCAGAGGGGAGAGUGUCUUGCAUUUGUGAUUCCAUUUUGACUCCCUUUUCAAUAAUCGCAUAUUAAAUGCCCUUUCUGGCAUCAGUGGAAAUUCUUUCAAUUGCUUGGAAUUGGAGAUUAGAAGGAUCGCCUUGAUGUUGGGAGCGAACAUGCUUGGAUAUAAGUGUGGUGAUGUUCAUAUUACUGACCGAAUUGACAUGUUGUAAUAUUUGUCGGCGGAAUUGUUGGUAUGUUUUGCUUAUAUACUGUAAAUUACAACUGUAGGUGAUGAUGUAUACAAUUCUUGUAGAACUACAGUUAAUAAAGUCACGGACUGGGUAAUGGUUCUCUGUUCUGGUGCACAUUAUCGAUUUUGAUGUGUUGAUGAAUUUGCAGGCCUUACAUUUAAAAACUCCCUUAGUCUGAGAAAGCCAGCCAGGAGUUAUAGUUGGUAGUUCCAGGUGGCUGUAUACCAGUAUGUCUCUCAGAUUUUUAGGUCGAUGAACGUUUAUACUGGGGUAGGGAGUGAUGUUAUCGUUGAGUUUUUUUAUCAUGUAGCAAGAUUGGCCAAUUGCAGGAAAAUAUUUUUCUCACUGGGUCCCAGUAUUGACCGUAUGUCCCAAUACAUCUGAUGACCUGCUUUGUAGCUUUUGGUCUGGAUGAACGAAGACAAGUAGGUCUAUCCAUUGUGAUGAACCUCUGGUAAGCUUUUUUCAGGAUUUUAAUAGGAUACCCCUGUUUUUUGAAUCUUGUCCUGAUUUCUUUUGCUUCUUAUUGAAAUGUCACUUCAUUGGAACAAUUCCUCCGUACUCUGAGGUAUUGUCCGUAAGGUAUCCCAGCUUUAAGUUUAACUGGGUGGUGGCUUUGCCAACGGAGCAAAUUAUUUGUGGCAGUAGCUUUUCUAAAUAAUCCAUGGUUAGUGUGAUCCUUAGAUCAAGGAAUUCUAGGGUAUUUUCAUCAAUGACAGAGGUUAAUUGUAGACCUAUGUCAUUGUUGUUCAAAAUGUCAACUAGCUGUUCGAAUCUUGUAAUUGGUCCCGUCCAAAAUAAAAGCACCUCAUCGAUGUAUCUGUGCGAGCUAAGUAUAUGUUGGCUAUAUCUACAAUCAAUUUUAGUAAGUGCUGUUUCUUCCCACCAUCCUAAGUACAAAUUAGCAUAGCUAGGGGCACAAGCUGUCCCCAUAGCAGUGACCUUCAGUUGUAGGUAAUAGGUGCCAUUAAAGACAAAGUAGUUAUGCAUAAGGAUAAAAGAUAGCAGAUCUAGUAGGAAUUUUUUGUGUAGCAUAAAAUAUGUUGGGGAUUUUUCCAAAAAAUAAGAUGUCCCUUUUAUCUCUAUGGUGUGUGGAAUAUUGUUAUAUAAGGACACCACAUCUACGCUGGCAAGAAGAGUGUAGGGGGGACCACAAGGUUUUCUAGAGUGAGUAAUGUCUGUUUUGUGUCUUGUAAAAAAAGAGACCAGUUGUGUGACAAAGGGAUGUAAAAGAUUUUCGAAAAAUUUGCUAGCAUUUUCCGUAAGGGACGGAUUUCCAGAGACGAUCGGUCUGCCUGGUGGAUUGGUGAUGUUUUUGUGAACCUUUGGUAAGCAAUAAAAGGUGGCUAUAGUGGGUAGGUUUUUAGGCAUAAUGAAUCUCGAUUCGUCUGUUGUAAUAAUGUUAUCUCCGAGGGCUGAGUUCAAAAGAGAUCUGAGAUAGGUUAGGUAGGAUGGGGUCUCCAUCUAACUUUUUGUAGCAGGAGGUGUCGUUAAGGUGAUGCAUACACAUCUCAGUGUAUUUAUCCCUUUCAAUGAUAACAGUAUUACCCCCCUUGUCAGACGGAUUAAUGAUGAGAUCUUUCCUCAUGUUAAGUUUUCUCAAAGCUCUUUGUUCACCAAUGGAUAAGACCCAAUUCCUUAGCUGCUUUAUUAUUCUUCCUUUUGUAAAGUGUACACAGUGCGAGUUUACGGCCAGAGAGAUUGAUAUCUUUAAGCCAUUCAAACUUAUUAGCGCUGGGUGUAGGAACAAACGAUAAGCCUCUUUUAAGUAAUGAGAAGAUUUCAUCCUGGAAGUAUCAUUCUAUUUCUGUAUAUUGACAUCAAUGGGGUUGGGGAGCCCAUCUAAAGAGCAACUAUGUCCAAGGAAAAUUGACUUUCCUUGGACAAAACUCACGGACCUGGCAAGGAAGGCAUUAAUCAGAGAGGCAGCACAGAGACCUAAGGUAACCUUGGAGGAGCUGCAGAAUUCCAAAGCAGAGACUAGAGUAUCUGUACAUAGGACGACAAUAAGCCGUACGCUCCAUAGAAUUGGGCUUUAUGGCAGAGUGGCCAGAAGAAAGCCAUUACUUUCAGCAAAAAACAAAAUGGCACGUUUUGAGUUUGCGAAAAGGCAUGUGGGAGACUCCCAAAAUGUAUGGAGGAAGGUGCUCUGGUCUAAUGAGACAAAAAUUGAACUUUUCCGCCAUCAAAGAAAAAACGCUAUAUCUGGCGCAAACCCAACACAUCACUUCACCCAAAGAACACCAUGGUGGGGGAUGUUCAUCAUGCUAUGGGGAUUUAUUUCAGCAGCCGGGACUGGGAAACUGUUCAGAAUUGAGGGAAAGAUGGAUGGUGCAAAAUACAGGGAUAUUCUUGAGCAGAACCUGUACCACUCUAUGCGUGGUUUGAGGCUAGGACUGAGUUUCACCUUCCAGCAGGACAAUGAACCCAAACACACUGCUAAAGCAACACUUGAGUGGUUUAAGGGGAAACGUGUAAAAGUGUUGGAAUGGCCUAGUCAAAGCCCAGACCUCAAUCCAAUAGAAAAUCUGUGGUCAGACUUAAAGGAACACUAUAGUCACCUAAAUUACUUUAGCUAAAUAAAGCAGUUUUAGUGUAUAGAUCAUUCCUCUGCAAUUUCACUGCUCAAUUCACUGUCAUUUAGGAGUUAAAUCACUUUGUUUCUGUUUAUGCAGCCCUAGCCACACCUCCCCUGGCUAUGAUUGACAGAGCCUGCAUGAAAAAAAAACUGGUUUCACUUUCAAACCGAUGUAAUUUACCUUAAAUAAUUGUAUCUCAAUCUCUAAAACUUUAAUCACAUACAGGAGGCUCUUGUAGGGUCUAGCAAGCUAUUAACAUAGCAGAUGAUAAGAAAAUCUUAAUUAAACAGAACUGGCAAUAAAGAAAGCCUAAAUAAGGCUCUCUUUACAGGAAGUGUUUAUGGAAGGCUGUGCAAGUCACAUGCAGGGAGGUGUGACUAGGGUUCAUAAACAAAGGGAUUCAACUUCUAAAUGGCAGAGGAUUGAGCAGUGAGGCUGCAGGGGCAUGUUCUAUACACCAAAACUGCUUCAUUAAGCUAAAGUUGUUCAGGUGACUAUAGUGUCCUUUUAAAGAUUGCUGUUCACAAGCGCAAACCAUCCAACUUGAGAGAGCUGGAGCAAUUUUGCAAGGAGGAAUGGGCAAAAAUCCCAGUGGUAAAAUGUGUCAAGCUCAUAGAGACUUAUCCAAAGCGACUUGGAGCUGUGAUUGCCGCAAAACGUGGCUCUACAAAGUAUUGAUUUUAGGGGGGUAAAUAAUUAUGCACAUUGAAUUUUUCUGUUAUUUUGUCCUAUUUGUUUUUUGCUUCACAAUAAAAAAAAAAAAAAAAAAUCAUCUUCAAAGUUGUGAGCAUGUUCUGUAAAUUAAAUGAUGCAAAUCCCCAAACAAUCCAUGUUAAUUCCAGGUUGUGAGUCAACAAAACACGAAAAAUGCCAAGGGGGGGUGAAUACUUUUGUUAGGCACUGUUUUAGCUAGCCAUCUUGUUCCAUCAUAUCUGUAGCACAACUUCACACGAUCAUAAGCUAGAAGCUAUCACCUACCAAUAUUAAAGUGGGAGACUCACCUACAGACGCACUGUUAUUUUUGCCACUAAGUUCCACACUUUUAAAUUAGUUAUAUUCACCUUAGCUAAAUGUGUACUGCUCUAUCAGGUAUAUAACUUGUGCUGUACAUAUCGUAAGGGGACGAAGCUAAUAGACACUUCCCCCUAAGAUUUAAAAGAAUAUCCAUAGACAGACAGAAUGUCACCUUGAAGUGACAUAGACAGCAUUCCGAACGCAAUUCUUUACUUUAAAGGGACUCUCCAGCUAACCCGGUUUUACUCACCUGGUUCCAGCGCCAGGAGCCUCGUGAAGCCGCGCCCCCUAUUUCGUCAAAAUGACAAAAUAGGCAGGCGCGAGCAGGGAGCAAUCAGACGCUACCAUUUGGAAGCGUCAUUGGUACCUUGGGCGCAUGUGCAGCUUCGCCGCACAUGCGCACAUCCCUCAGAGGGCGGCAUUCAUGCCGCCCUCUGAAGUCCUGAGCGCAUUACCAUGCAUGUGCACGGUGUGCGCGAGCUGAGCUGACUGACAGCUCAGCUCGCGGUCUUUGCCCGUCCCCUCUCCUCGGCCGACAAGCAGGAGAAAGAAGGCGCGCACACAGUGCACAUGGCCCUUUUAGGGCCCUACAUAAUAGGAAGUCCCUCUGGUGGCCGUCUGAGUGAUGGUCACUGGAGGUAUUCCUAUCAAUUAAUGUAAACACUGUAUUUUCUCUGAAGAUACAGUGUUUACAUUAGAUUGCCUGCAGGGAGCUAUAGAUAGGUGACUAUAGUGUCACUUUAAAGUUAUAUUCAGCCCUAACCAUCAUUCAUGCUAUUACAGGCUACUUUGUUGCAAAUAUCUUAUAGGCAAAGUAUCUCUGUAUCAUCUAAGUAAUAUGUAUCCUUACCCUGCUCAAUUCUAGAGCAAACAUGACUUAGAUUUGGGGCUCUAAAAAACUCAGAUUUAUACUGAUCCUAGUCCGUGGGACUGUGUGGCCUCAGAAAACCGUCAGUAUUGUCCCACUAUGGUAUCAACGCUACACUGCAACUUAAUACCACAUAGGCUAUAUAACUACCAGCCGCACAGGCAUUUAAGUGCUGUUUUAGCUACACUUUCACUUAGAUUGUUAGGUGCCUACUACCUUUUUAAAUGCAUUACCAUUAAAAGUUAAAUGUUAUUAAGUCAGUGGCUUGCACCUGCCAUCAAGCUACACUACCCUCACUCUCAUUUCCUUAGAUAAUCCACUCCUUAGGAUACUUUACCUUAUCCUAUUCUCCUGUCUUCUCCUCUUUUUUUGUAUAGGUUUUUUUUUCUUCUUCAUUAUACUUGCACUAUAAUGAAACUAACUGCAGACACACUUUGCUAGACGUUCCUUUUUCACGAGAGAUAUAGCAACCCCCAGCAAAACGUUUCAGACUUCUUUUGCCCUCAUCAGCAAAGUUUACGUUUUUCUAAGCUUUUUUGGUGGUAAAAGAAAAUAAAUUCUGAGUAGAAAUUACAUUAACAAAGCAUUUGUACAUAUUACCCAAAUUUAAGAAAAAAAAAGUUACCUAUGCUCUCUCCUUAAUCCCUAUGUAUAUUUAGACAAAUGGAGGUCAUUUAGUUGCUCCAAUGGCCAUUGGAGGGAAUGCCCGUCUGCCAACGUCAAGGCAGACCCCCCAUUUGUCUAAAUAUACAUAGGUAUUAAGUAUAUUUUAUUAUGUUAUUAUGGAUACAAGGACCUUCACUACAAAUCUAAGGAUGUUAUAUUUAUACCUCACAAGAUAUAAAUUUAUAAAGGAAGAAUAUGGUCUGAAUAAUUUUACUCACUAAUAUAAGCAUGAGAAUGGAUACCUUGCAAUGAAUAUAUAUAUAUUAAGAAUAUCUAGGGAUUGAAUAAUCUAAUUCACUAAUAUUUGUAAGAGAUCGGAUAAAUAUAAAAGGAUGAAAUAGGAUUAAACCUUUUUUCUUUUUUUCUUUAUUGGGGAGUAUUACUAAUGGCUGAAGAAGGUGUAAUCCCUAAAAUUGAAGUUAUAAUAUACAAAGAAUCAAACAAUAAUAAGGAAGUGAGGGAAGGAAAGAGGAAGGGGGAAGGAAAGAAGGAAAUAUAAUAUAAGUUCAUAUUGAAGGGUUAUAUAUGGGCAUUUAAUCUGUUAAAUCUCAAUCCUAAUUAAGUUAGGAGGUCGCAUAAAUUUACCCAUAUACCCAUAAAUUCAGUAUUAGCAUCUUCGAACAAUUCAAUUCAUUAACAUUUGUAAAAGAGUUGGUACCUAUAUAAAUAAUAAAAUAAUAAUAAUAAAAUAAUAAUAAUAAUAAUAAUACCUCACAAUAAUGGCCAUUGUCAGGGUAUUUAUAUCGGCAGACAUCUUGUGCUAUGAUAGAAAUUAAAAGUGUAUAUUCUGAGUCACUCUGAACAGAGCAGACUCCAUUUUGUUAUUUCCAAGUUAACAAAAGACACAAGAUUUCUAUCUGUAAAACUAACCACUUUGCCAGAGCUAAAGGAAUGCAUAGUAUAAACAAACCAAGUGAUAAGGAGAACGGGGGUUGGACAGACUGUCUAAAUGCUAAUGGAAUAGAUGCAUUCUAAACCCAGACAUUUGUGACAGAGGAGAUUAAAUAAUAACAUUUUACUUUCUAUAUGUACAAGGUCCCAUUGUAAGUUACGGGUCAAAACUCAGAAUUUGCCAGACACUAAGUCUGGACAAAACUUAAAGAAACUGUUUGAAGUGACAGCAAAUCUAAGUUAUGGUGGUCAUUUGAGAUAAGCAAAAUGACGUCAAAAUAGCCACCAGGAAAAGUUAACUCUUUCCUGGAUAGGUAUGUUUAGUGGCACAAGACUGCCCUCUAUAGACCAAAUACCUAAAUUGCGAUCCCUAGGUAAGCACACCUCUAGUGCUUCUAUUGGGUUAUCAACUGAUGACGUACAGAGAGUCUGGCCCUUUAAAAGUUAGGACAAAGGAAAGAAGGAAAAAGAGGAGAGAGGAAUUGGAAGUUUGGGGACUCCAACUCGGACAUGCAGAGAAACCCAGGACAACAUCUGAGACUAACACUCUACUCUUAAAACUCUAACACUUAGAAUUUUACUGACUUUCUAACCAACACCACCUUUCACCAUAACUCAUACACCUACAGACAUCCAAAUAAGUUCCUGAGACUAUCUACCAAUCGGAUGAAAUAUCUACUCAACUGGUAAUUAUACUGGUUUCAUUUAAUUAAUUAAAUUAAUAAAAAUUUACUAAUAGCAUGAUAUAUGACUGGAUAAAGCACGGUCAGAUUUCCAUAUUAAGAAAUCUUAGUUAACUAAAGAAUAUGUAGUUAUAAACAUUCCAUUUUGCAGGUGGAAUUAAGAAUAAUUAUAUAUUAAUGUGAUAUUAUCACGUGUUGGCAUACCGCUGUUUUUAUCCAGGUGUAUUGAUUUGCUCUAAAAUAAGAUAAAAGAUCUGUUUAGGCAAAUUAAAAUUAAAAUCUGCUUAUAUCAUGGUAGAUUCUCUUAUUGGAUGGUUCCAGGAAAUGACUAAUGAACUGGUUUAAAUGUUAUUUUAUUUAAAAUUACAUAAGAAUAGAUCUUAAUUACCUAGGAGAUCUAGCCAGCAUUGAAAGGGUUAUUCUAACUGUUAGCCAGGGUUUUAUGGCCCUUCGCUGUGAAAAGCUUCACUUUCAGUCUGUAAAGAUAGUCAUAAAUCGUGUAAAGUCUUGACAGAAAAUGCUGUUUAGCCAUUGAAACGUGUAUAGCCAUUCCAUUGUAUUGCAUACCAUUUUAUACUGGAUAUUCAUUGAUUAUUGUCACGCAUGUUACAUAUUAUUAUUAAUUAAUUUGUUAUUAUAAAAUAAAAUCUAUUUUUAUAACAAAAUUGUGAUUUUAAUUAUAUGAAAUACUUUCCACUUAACACGAUAAACGAUCUUUGGAUCUGAGAAUUGAAUUAGUGGGCAAUUCUCACUGUUUACUAUUAUUAUCCCAUAAAUAUCCCCACACCAUUGGAGUAACUAAAUGACCUCCAUUUGUCUAAAUAUAUAUAGGGAUUAAGGAGAGAGUGCAGGUAACUUUUUUCCUUUGGUUUUUAACUAUAUAUUGGGGCUGAUGUGUACUGUAGUCAUUGCUGCCGCCCAGGAAUGAUGUGAGCGCAGGACUUAUCUUUUUGUAUUUGUAUUACACAAAUUUACCUUUUUAGAAAAGAUAAUUCCUUUUAAUUAUGUAACAUUUAAUAAAUAAUAAAUAAACAACAACAAAAAAUGAAAAAAAAAUUGACCCAGUGUCUUACCUCCCCUGCCAUCCCACCUUGGUACCCCCAUCCCAUAUCUGUGACAAGUAGCUAUCCCACCUUCUCACGUCUGUCUUCUAACCCACUUGAUCCAAGGCAUCAGAACCAGAUCUGGAACCAAUAAGGAAUCUCUCCCAAGGUUCCCAUCUCUUAAUAUGGUCUCCUACUCUAUUUCCCCAAAAAGCUAAUUGUUCAAUCCGUCUGAUAUUAUUAACUCUGUGAAGCCAUUCUUUUAGUGGUGGAGUUAUUUUUCUUUUCCAAUAAGCUGGGAUGAUUUAUUUUGCAGCAUUAGUCUUAUCUCAAGAGAAUCUACAAAUCCCUGCCAUUUUUUUUAUCCAUAUGAAACAACAAAAUAAAUUCAGGUGACAAUUCAAUCUACUUACUUUUUUAAGAAUACCAUACACCUGUUUCCAAAAUAGUUGUAUGGCAGGACAUGUCUACCAUAUAUGGUAUAAACUGCUUUCCUCUUUUAAACAUCGCCAAGAUUUAUUGGACAAAGAUGGAUAGAAUACAUGUCAGCUAGGACUCUAAACCAUCUAGAGAUGAUUUUAUACCCUAGUUCCUGAAAUCUGCAAGCAAUAGAACAAUUUUUAUUUAUUUUAAAAAUUGUACACCAUUCUAAUUUCGUAAAAGUAAGCCUCAAAUCCUUCUCCCAAAGUCUAGUAAAAUACAGAAGAUUGGAUGUUAAUGGGACAUUUUACAUGUGAUAAAUUUUAGAUAAAGCAUGGGGUACUCGGCUCUUCUGAUCCCUUUAAAGGGGUUAAAAGCAAAGUUAACUAUCACUUAUUCCUAAUCUCUGCAAGAAAGAAUAUAUUUGUAAAUACAAGAAAGGAGCCCUUUUAGGUAUUUCAUUUACAGGAUCUUCUCGAAGGGUAAUAUCCUACCUAAGCUAACAUCUAAAAUACUCUUCAAUUUAAUGUACACUUCCUCUUUCUUAAUAGAGAUUAAUAGAUUAUGAUUGUCAAGGCCAGGUUGAAAAUCUUUUCUUUAUAAUUUAUUUAAUUAUUAUUUUCCUUUUUUUUUAUCAAACAUACAUAUAUAUACAUAUCAUAUCAUACAUUGCGUGCAUAUCAUACAAUGCAUAUAGAAUAAAUACAAUAAAUAAAGAAAUACAUAUAAACUAACAAACAUAUAACAAAGUUGACCAUCCUGUCCUAUUCAUUCAGCUCUACCCUCAGAUUACAUAAAGUUAGAUUAAAUUUCCGCUCCUUCAGAAAUUACCAAUUAAUUACUGCACAAUAUAUACAUUCCAUUGUUUAAUUCUCAAGGACCUUUAUCCAUUCAUCCCAAAUCUCAUAUUGUCUAAUAUUAAUACUUAAAUUAGAGGCUAUUCCCCUUUCCAUUUUGCAUUGAAUAAUAAUAGAUGCCUUAAUUUGUGGCCAUGAAUCAAUUGUUGUCCUCUUCCAAUUUUUUGCAAUAGCCAUUUUAAAGGCCAUCAAAGCCUGAAUCAACAGAUCUCUCUUAUCUUUAGUUAAUUGCGGUAGAUUUAAAUGUAAAAGCAAGUUGUCUGGGGUCCAAGAAUGGGUUAUAUCCAGCAAUUUAUUUACUUGGUCCAUAAAUUGAACCCAUGCUUCCUUAAUUGGGGCACAAUCCCACCAUAUAUGUAAUUCAUUUGCUCCCUCAUUUCCGCAUCUCCAGCAUCUAGAUGUCCCUGCCUUUGCAAAUUUCUGGAUCUUAUUGGGAGUCAUGUACCAUCUAUUAAGUAUUUUAAAAUGUGCUUCCCUAAUAUUUAGACAGUGUAUCGUGGAAUAGACUGAUUGUAAAGCCUUAUACCAUUCCUUUAUAUCAAAUUUUAUUAUCAAAUCUCUUUCCCAUUUACCUUUAGCUAUAGGAUAAACAGGUCUUUUAAUAGCUUUUAUAAUCUCAACGCAUCUGGUUAGUAUUUUAGUAUUUUUCUCUGAGUCUGUCAAAACAUUUAGUUUAGAUAAUGAGAAAGAGCUCGUGUUGCUUCCAAGGGCGCUUUGCAGAAAACUUUUAAUUCUGAUAUAAUUAAACGUUUGUAAAUACGAAAUGCCAGUGAUUCUGCGUAUCUCAGCAAAGGGCAUAAUCUUCCCAUCUACUAAUAAGUCAGCUAAUUUUUUAACACCAAGUCUAGUCCAUUCGGACGUAUCCAUGUUUUCCAUCCAUGUAUCUAGAUUUUUGAAGGUCAGAGCAGGUAAAACUUUAUUUUUCAAGUCUAAAAGAUUUUUAGGAUGUAGCCAGAACUUUAAGAGUGGUCUAGUUAUCAGAUUAUCCGUCGUGCAUUUUAUAUUUUUAGUUCUACUAUUAUUUCUUAUGGCCCACAUUAAUCUAACAUUAUUGUAUGGAUCUGUAAUACCUGCACCUUCUAUUUUAAACCAAUCUUGUGAACACGAAUACUGCUUAAUUAAAGGAAGAGUAUGCAUCAACUGUGCCGCUUGAUGGUAUAAAAAAAUAUUUGGAAAACCGAUCCCUCCUUCCUUAUGCUUCAAGUAUAAGAGAUCCUGGCCUAUUCUAGGUUUCUUAUCAGACCAGAUAUAAUCCCUGAAUAACUUAUUCACAAGUCUAAGCCGUUGUGGGUGAAUCUGUAGAGGAAUCAUCCUCAGUAAGUAGAUAAACUUAGGGAAAACAUAUGACUUAAUAAAAUUAACCCUUCCCCACCAUGAUAACUGCAAGGCGUUCCAUUGUUUCAGAGAGUGAGUACAUUCUCUGAUAAGAGGAAUUACAUUGGCCUUCAUUGUAUUCUCUGGGUCUUUCACUAUAUUGAUUCCAAGAUGUAUAAAUCCCUUUUUUUCCCAUUUAAAGGCAAAAUGUUCUUUUAGCUGUUGCAAUUCUUUUCCUUCCAUAUAAAAGGGUAAUGCCAAUGUUUUUUGAACGUUAAGUUUAUAAUUUGACAAAUAACUAUAUCUUUCAAUUACUUGCAUAGUAGCUGGCACUGACUUACUUGGGUUGGUUAGCGUUAUCAAAGUAUCAUCGGCAUAUUGACUUAUCUUGAAAUCUUUAUCCCUUUUUUUAAACCCAGUUAUAUCCAUAUUAUUACGUAUUUCGUGUGCUAAGGGUUCAGCCGUUAGGAUAUACAAUAGUGGGGAGAGAGGGCAUCCUUGUCGGGUACCAUUUGAUAGCAUAAACCACUCUGACUUAAUCCCCCCUCCUACUAUCCUGCUAGAUGGUGAAGAGUAGCAGGCCAUUAUCGCCGAAAGAAUCUGGCCAGAAAAUCCAAAAGCUUUUAACGUUGAAUACAUAAAAUUCCAGCCGACCCUAUCGAAUGCCUUUUCUCCGUCUAAGGCCAUCGCUAAGAAAGGGGUUUUAUUCUCAUGGAUCUUAGUAAAUAUAUUUAAUAUCCUCCUAAUAUGAUUAGCGGACGCUCUUCCUGGUUGAAAAUCUAAAUUAUGAGAUAUAGGGAACAGUAAACUAGGAAAUUUACUAACCUAGUGUCCUACAUUUUUCCCAGACCCGAAAUGUAGGUAACAAGGUAGGAUGAUCUUAUUCAUUCAGAUAAAAUUUUGGAUUAUUUAACCAAGCUAUCAUGUUAAUUGGAACUCCUAUACAUUCCUAGAUAUCCUUUGAGACCAGUCAAGUAUCCUAUUCCAAUGAACUGCCUGAUGGUAUCGAUAACUGCCUGGAACUCCCAAACCCCCCAAACUUUCUGAUCUAAUCAAAUAAGCAUAUACCAAAAUAAUGUGCCUUAUCUCUUUUAAAAAAGACUUUGGUAGCCAAGUUGGGACAGCCUGAAACAUAAAAAGCAGCCUAUGGAGGACAUUCAUUGAUAACACUGCCGCCUGGCCAUACCAUGAUAUCUGUGGUAAUGACCAAUUUCUCAAGUGUUUAGUAAUUUGUUUAAUCAAAGGAGAAAAAUUCAAAUCAUACCAAUCCUUAAGCUGAUAUGGUAGUUGUGGCAAAAGCCACUUCACCACUGGGGUUUGGAGGGGACUAGUUGCCAGCCUUAUACCCUGUGACUAUGGCCCCUUUUAAUUUAUUAUGGUUAAAAAACCCUAUUUAUACUUAUUAUAACUUUGGACAAUAAUUAUUCAAACUUUCGAAGUGGCACUUCGAAACUCCCGAAUUCCCGAAGCCAUUUGAAGUGGCAUUCGACCAUGUGGUGGUGGCCAUCUUGUUCGCAUGGACCAAAACCGCGAAUAGACUACUGCGGGACUUAGCCGCGAAUGCCCUGGAACCAUUUUCGGCAUGAAAACCUCAUGGUUCCCUCUUGGAACUGUUUUGGGCAGGGACCAUGUCUGCCCCUUGGGCAAAACUAUGACUUCCACUUGUAUGUGUGUUAUGGGAGUGUCAUAAGUUAAUUAUUGUUCUUAUUGGUCUAUUCCCUUGGUGUCCCUGUGCCCAAUAAGGUCCACCUGGGUGUCACUCUUGUUGGGAAACUUGCAUAAAAUGCCUCCAUUAAAAUUGAGUCCCUGCUUAACCCUCAACACGUAGCUUGGUCUCGUAAUUGGAGGGGAACUGCUAUAUUCACACUGGGGAUUGCUAUACUCCUUAUACUCCCCUGGGUUCUAAUCACUAGCUCUUAUAAGAGCUGUUCCUGCUACACUCUCUGGAGUAGGAGAGGUCUUUCGCACAAGGUCCUGGAUAUCAGAGGUUGGUCCAGGGUGGGAGGAAGAUGGCGAGAUCCCAGCUAAGCUACGGCGGUUGUGGAGUCUGCGGUGCUUGUGGUGUCCGGUGCGGUGCUUGCGGUCCUCAGCAUCAGCUAGGAAGCAUCUGUUGGCGGAGAUGACCAGUUGGGGUGCCAGGUUAUCCGUCCCAGUAGUUUAAUCCCCAAGUACUUUUUUUUUUUGUAAAUUCUUUAUUUUUGAGUUUUCAUGAGUUUUUCAUGCGUGGGGGUUACAAAAUAAGGAGAAGGGUUACAAUGUAUUACAAGAAGAUGGGAUUACAAUUUCAGAUUUUACAUUUUUAUUUUUGCAUACAUUCAUAUUUUCUUGCAUUAUGUUGUUUUUUGCUGUCAGCAUUCGUAAGUUGUUGUUACUCAGGGUUGAGAGUAACAAGGUAGGUAAAGGGAGUGGGGGUGUCUUCCCCGGUUAAUGUAUCCACCAACAUCCCAAUUCUAUCUGUUCUUCCCCCUAGUCCCACCCACCAUCCAAAUCACUCUACAAUGCCAACCAGGGGUCCCAGAUUUUGUGAAAGGAUCUGGUAUUUUUGUGUAUCAGUGCGGACAGUUCGUCCAUUUCCAUAGCCUCCCCAAUCUUUUUCUGGGAUCUCCGGGCUUCCCCAAUGGGUAGCUAUUGUUCUACGUGUUGCUAAGGCCACCUUUGCUACCAGCUUGUUUUGUGCUCGGGUCAGGUUUUCGUGGGGUUUCGACAGUAGCCAAAUCCAUGGAUCUAGGGGGAUGUCAGUUUGUAAUGCUCUCGAGGUGAUAGUGGCCAUUUCUUUCCAUAUUUGGGUUAUGUGUCUGCAUUCCCACCACAUAUGGACGUACGUUCCCCUCUUGCCGCACCCUUUCCAGCAUCUGUCCGAGUCUGUUCAUUUCAUUUGUUUGAGUCUCAGGGGGGUGAGAUACCACCGGAGCAGAGUUUUGUAGGCCUGCUCAUGUGGUUAACACAUAUGGUUACUGUCGCUAUAGCCUCCCAAAUGUCCGCCCAAUCCGUUGGGUCCUCUGGGGGGCCCAGGUCCCUUUCCCAGGCCUUCACGUAGGAGAAGGUCUCGGAGGGGGUUUUAAGUGUCAUGGUGUUGUAUAGGUUGGAUAUCUGAUCUUUGUGUAUUGGGUUGCUCAGGCAGCCCCUUUCAAAUGCCGUUGGCCGCGCCACUGCCGCUUCGGCGAUGCUGGGGGUGGUCAAGAAGCUACGGAGCUGGAGGUAUCGGAAGUGAUCGAACGUGUUGUAUGGCGUGUCGUUUGGUAGGUCCGGGAAGGGGAGGAGGCAGUUAUUUCGGUAGAAAUGACAGAUCCUAGUGAGUUCGUUGUCUUCAUAGCGGGUAAAGUGUUGGGGUGUCAUUCCCGGGGCAAAUUGAGGGUUUCUCAGUACGGGCGUUAGGGGUGAGGGUGUGUUUAUGAGGUUGUAUUUGUCUGUCACUCUGUUCCAUAUGUGGAUGGCUGUUGUGAGGGCUGGUGUCUUGUUUGGUGUCUGUGGUCUAUGUGGUUUCGGUAUCCACAGAUAAAGUGUUGGGAAGUCCUGUCCGAAUAGGAUAGUUUUUAUCAUGUUUGCAGGUCUCUCUGGGCCUAGUCUAGUAGUGAGGGGUAGUUUAGUCUGUAUGUGGAUUGUAGGUCCGCGGGUAGGUUGAUUCCUAGGUAGUAGAUACUAUUUGUUUGAAAGCGGAAUGGGUAUGUUUGUUGCAAAUGUGUUCGCAUGGGGGGUGGGAUCUGUAGUGAUAGGGCUUCUGUUUUCUCUAUAUUCAGUUUAUAACCUGAGAUUGUUGCGUAUUCGUCUAGCAGGUCUAAUAGGGGGGGUAGCGAUGUCACGGGGUCGGUCAAGGUCAUGAGUAAGUCGUCCGCGUACGCUGCUACCUUGUAUUCCUCCCGUCUUAUUUUUAUGCCUUGAAUAGCUGAUUCAUUGCAAAUCUUUUGCGUUCAAGGGAGAGGGCAAAGAGGAGGGGGGAUAGAGGGCACCCCUGCCUAGUACCGUUGUAUAUUUGGAAUAUACAAGAGCAUUGCCCAAGAGCAUUGGGUAUUAAUAGUCGUGCUGUUGGGGUGGAGUAGAGGUUGCGGAUUGCUUGUAAUAGAGCCCUAGGGAAUCCAAACUUCCUCAAGGUAGCGUGCAAGUAUGGCCAGAGAAUCUGGUCAAAUGCCUUUUCGGCGUCUAGGGAUAAUAGUAGUGUUGGGAUCCGUCUGUGUGUAGCUGUCCAUAUUAGGUCGUUAGUGCGUCUCGUGUUGUCAUAGGCUUGUCUGUUGGGUAUAAAGCCCACCUGGUCUGGGUGGAUCAGCUUUGGGAGGAAAUGUUUGUCUGUUCGCAAUAAGUUUGGUGAAUAAUUUAAUGUCUACAUUUAGGAGUGAAAUGGGACAGUAGUGUCCCGGGUCUUGUAGGGAUUUGUUUUGGUUAGGCUAAUGUUUGCCUGGAGCAUGUCUGGUGGUAGCGGUUCUCCUUUAAGGAUUGAUGUGAAUAGAUCUCUAAGGUGUGGGAGUAGGGUAGCUGAGUAUGUUUUAUAGUAUACCUUUCGAGGGCAGCGAGCCUUUAUUAGUUAUAAAGAAGUCCUGUAUGGCUUCUUUGAUUGAGUUUUUGAUUUGUGGGGCUUGGAGUAGUGUUGGGUUUAGGCACCAAGCCCAUUGUCUGUUCGUAUUUGGGAGCGUUAUGGUUAUGGAGAUGUCUGUGUGGUCCGACCACGUGAUUUGUCCUAUCUCCGACUUGUCAACGUGUUGCAGUAGGGACGGGGAGGUCAGGAACAUGUCAAUGCGUGAGUAGGACGUGUGUGGGUGGGAGAAGAAUGUAUUCUCCAUAUAGAUUCGUGGUUGUCAGGAAGGUAUGUAAUAGUUCAUCUGUUUUUACCUUGGGUGGGGGGAGGGGACUUGUGGUGGGAGGGGAACAGGCUCAAUUGGGCCUGUAGGGCCAUCCAGAAAUACACAUUCGGGACCAUUGGAGCAUAGACCGAUGUGAUUGCAUAUUUGUUCGGGCCUAGAUUUCCCGUUAUGGUGAGGAACCGGCCCUGUGGGUGUAACGGACCGUUUUGCAAGAGGUUGAUCAAGAGGUUAAAAACGGUUAGGCGAUAUUCCCCUUUCAGCUGCACAGACAGCUACUGCGAUCACCAAUCUCCCGAACUGCAAACUACACAAAUUCUCCAACUCCCGAACAGGAACCACACAUACACUGGAAACAGCCGAACAGGAAAAGCAUACAAUCAGCUUACACUCCUGGCAAGCAGCAUACAAUCCAAUUCCCCCCAAGAACAAGACGACACUUCGUCUGAGGGUCAAGCAGAACUAAUUUACUGGGGCUACCUACCCGGCUUUUAUGCAGGUCUUCCACCUGGUGGACACUCCCCUAGGGGACCAGAUGGAAGACUGGGACACAAAGGGUAAAAGGACCAAUCACAGACUUACACACUUCAACAAUCCCACAAUGCAUCACAAUCCCUCCUCUCUGUUCUGGAGAUAAUUGGGAAGUAAUCCAAUUAUCUCCAAGGACAGAGGAAAAACUCCAUUAACCACAUGGCAGUAAAAAGACAGUAAAAGACAUAAAAUUACAUACUGUUACGUUCAUCACAUCGAACAUACACAUUCUACCUAUCCCCAGAUAGCUUAGAUCUGAGCGCACAUUAUUACCGGAUGGCGCUCAGAUCACAUGCAUACAGUUCAAUCACCAUGGAGCCAAAGUCUUUCCCAUAGUCUUUCGGUAUACGAAUGGGCUCCAUGGCUUAGCUAUCUGGGGUAACACUGCUCACAUAGGGAGAAUAAAAGGUUUUUAAUGCAGGGCCAUAGUCCAGCGGCAAGAGGUGGGCAACCAGGCUCCUCCAGUGGCCAGUGGCGAGGUUGGUCCCGCCACAGUGGGUCUGUGAAUUGUAGCAGGUUUUGCGUAUGAGGAUGGCUACCACGCUUUGUUUCCCUUGGGGUGAAUUUGCGUGGUGACUUUCUACAUAGUGUCGGUUACGUAGCCUAUGCUGCUCAAAGUGCGUCUCCUGGAGGAGGAGAACAUCUGCCUUGGAUCUGGUGGCCCAUCUAAGAACUCGGUGCCUCUUGUUCGGGUUGUUCAGGCCCUUGCAAUUUAUCGAGAUACAUUUUAGUUUGGGGGUUGGCAUUGUGUCGCGAUUACUGUUCUGUUUGGCGGCGGGGCGGGGGGGAUCCGAGGGGGAUUCGGAGUGGGGUAUUAGGGUCGGGUCUGGGGGGAAGGGUCGUUGCUAUUUAUCUAAGAGGGCUUGGUCUUACUAAGUCCGUGCCAAGCCUGGUGGGCGGUGGGUGGUGUAGGGGUUGUGGAAGUGGUUUGAUUCAACCUUGUAAGGGGUGGUUCACGUGUGGUGCGUGAGGGGUGAGAAGAGAAGAGAAGGGAUACUCACGUCCACCUCUCCUCCCCCCCGUGAUGUUUUACCUUGUGUACCUGGUCUGGGCACGCCAUUAACUUUCCUCUCACAUUUUAUUUUAUAAUGUUUUACGAUGCUUUAUUUUUAAACUGCUUUAAUGUUUCUGUUUAAGAUUGUGGUAUGAAUCGGGACGCCAUUAACUUUCCUCUCGCAUUUUAUUUUAUAAUGUUUUACGAUGCUUUAUUUUUAAACUGCUUUAAUGUUCCUGUUUAAGAUUGUGGUAUGAAUCUGGAACAUGUUGAAAGAAAGAGGGAGGGACUAGGGACGAGAUGAGACUCAAAUAUACCUGCCGGGAGGGGGGGGCAAGACGGAGGAAGAAAAGGGUUAAGAUGGCCUAGAGGGGAGACAAAGGACAAUGUUUACCAACCAGCCCCCAAGGGCCCCGAACACCUCGAUUGACUCUGAUAGGAAACACUAAGCCACUUACCUGGGACCCCUGGACGACAGAGCAGUUAAAAAUAGGCCCCACUAAUGACACUCAGAUACACCCACCCCAGAGAACCCACGGGCUAACAAGGCCUGAUACAGACACGGACCACUCACCCCCCCCAACGGGAACACUCCCACACAGAUAGAGAAUAGGAACUAGACGACACCUUCGGGGACAGGAGAGCCCUUCUUCCCUUUGAGAGAGACUCUGCAGUUUUUCUACAAACGUUUUUCCCCUUUUUUCCGUGUAUAUAAUCCCCAAGUACUUUAAAGCUACCUCCACCCUCUUCAAAUGAGAAGUUCCCAAAAAGCUUCUCUCUAUCAUCAUCUUUUAUAUUAAAAAUUAGUGCUUCACAUUUAGACGAGUUGACCUUAAAAUUAGACAAACUACUAUACCUACUGAUCGCGAAAAAGUUCCUUUCCCAAGCUCUCUUUUAAUAUGCUAGCAUCAAUAAGAUAUCAUCAGCAUAUGCUGCCAGUUUAUACUGUUUUAUUUGGAUCUCAAUGCCUUGUAUCUUGUUACUGUUUCUAAUUGCAUUCAGUAGUGGUUCCAGAGACAAGAUAAACAGUAAUGGGGAAAUGAGCAACCUUGUCGUUCUUUUAGACAUAUUAAUCAAAUUAGAAGUUAUCCCAUUCACUUUCACUCUUGCCUUAGGAUAAUCAUAAAUAGCCUUUACCCAACUAAUAAAAUUCCAUCCAAGGCCAACUGAUUCUAAUGUUUUAAACAAAAAUAGCCAAUUCACGCCGUUGAAUGCUUUCUCUACAUCAACUCCUAUCAAAACUGCUGGAAUAUUUUCUCUUUGGAUAAAAGCCAUUAUAUCUAUAACUUUUAGAAACAUUAUCUUUGAGUUUAAUACCUGGUAUAAAACCUGAUUGGUCUGAAUGCAUGAUGCUAGAGACAAUAUUUUUCAAUCUAUCAGCUAAAACUUUGGUCAUAAACUUUAAAUCAAUAUUUAUUUUUUUUGACAAUCUUUAUUCUAGCCUUUUCUUUUUCCAUGUUUCAAUUUUGCAUUAAUGUGGUUUAAACAAAAGAAUACAUUAUGUCUCAGCUUGCGUCCAAAGAUAUAAUGUACAUAAACACAGCAGGGCAUAGCUUACAUCAAAAAUACAUUGUAAGUAAACACUACAUGGCAUAACAUGUAUCGAGAAUUCAAUGUAUGUAAACACUACAUGACAUAGCUUGCGUCGAAAACUAUGUAUCAAACCUGUUCAAGGGUUUACCAUUCUGGAAACAUAGAUUAUACUAGCAAUUGCUGUGCCCAACAAUAUGUCACACUCUAUAUGCCUUAAUAAUAGGUGUCGGUUCAGAGCUUGCAUAGCGGGUUAGCACAUGACUGGCAGACUUCUAAGUCACGAUUGUACCAGUUUUUGACCAUGUUUGCAUCACAGUACUCCAUCACACAGUGGGCCUCAUUUCUAGUAAGUCAUGGUCGCAUGGUGCCCGCUUGUUAAAGUAGUAGAGGAGCCUAAAACCCACAGCCCCGCCACCCCCAGUCCGACGAGCUGGUGAGCAAAUGUGCUGACUCGGGCCAGCAGUAGAGAUAGAGGGGCAGGCACGCAGGGAAGAGGACGUAGGUGCAGGAGAAGAAGCGCGUGCGAUGGUGAGAAGAAUGGGAGGAAAGGUAGGAUAAAAAGGAGGGAGAAGAAGGGGGAGGCGGGGCCUCAGGCCAGGUGCACUGUGCGUUUAAGUACAAAGUCUAACCAUGGAAUCCACGUCUGCAGGCACCGUUCUGUUGUCCCACAGAGAGGCAGUGACUGUCUCAAUUUCAUGCAGUUCUUCUACCUUGUCCGUCCAGUUUUGCAGUGUUGGGACAUCGGUUGUGCGCCACCGGAUCAAGAUGAGGGAUUUCGCUACGUUCAAGAGGUGUCUAGUGAGCGAGCGUUUGUAGGCGGAUAAAGGAAGUUUUGUGGGGUGCAAGAGCAUUGGCAGGGGUUGGAGUGGCAAGUCCAUGUCCAGAAUCUCUUUGAUCUUUCCAUCAGGGCCGGCGUGUCCUAUAGGCGACUUAGGCAGUCACCUAGGGCGCACUGGCCCGCAAGAUCCGAGUUACCCGGCAGGAGGGAAGCGCACAGCGCUCCCUCCUGCCAGUCACUCAGUGUAGCAUGGCCAGGCAGCACAGGCCACAGUACAGGAGCGUCUGUUUCCUGUACCCGGCCAGUUUGAAAGGAAGUGCUCUCUUAGUGAACACUUCCUGUCAGACCAGCUGGGUACAGGAAACUGAAGAUCCUGUACCUCGGUCCAUGCCGCCCGGCCAUGCUACACAGAGGUAGGAGACACAACAGGGAAGGCACUAAGGGGCACUAGGGGGUGGCAGGGGAGAGACCACUAAGGGACAGAUGGGGAGAGACCACUAAGGGAUAGAUGGUGGGGGGAAACCACUAAGAGACAGAUGGGGAGAGAGAGCACUAAGAGACAGAAGGGGGGGGGGGAGACCUAUAAGAGACAGAUGGGGGAGGAGAGACCACUAAGGGACAGAUGUCUCCCAGUGUCCCCGGGUCUCUCAGUGUCCCCAUGUCUCACUGUGUCCCCUAGUAUCCUAGUGACAUGGGGACACACUGAGCCAUGGGGAGACUAGGGGACUGGGCGACAUGGGGACACUGACACUGUGAUACAUAGGGACACUGAGACACUGGGUGAUUUGCGAGACUGGGAGACAGUGGGAGCAAUUCCUCUAUACAGCAGAAUCAAACUGUGAGUAGUUUAUUGGUGAUUUUACAGAAUUUUCUCUUAUGUCACUCCUUGUGAUUUACAUCAUGUGAUAUCACGCAUAACUAAUUAAUUAUACAAAUCAUUAAGGCUGGUAUUUUUUUUCCAAGAAAGGUGGCAACCCUAACUACUUUUCAUAUACUCUUGCUUAAAGGAACAUUAUAGGGUCAGGAACACAAUCAUGUAUUUCUGACUCUAUUAUGUAAAAUCCACCAUCUAGCCCCCCUGUUCUUGCCUCCCUAAAUAUAGUAAAAUCGUACUUGUAUUCUGUAGUCUGCGGGUUCUGGCUUUGCCUCUAAACUGACUGUCUGCUGACAUCAUCAGAAGUGGUGGUCUGAGCAAAUUACAAUGCUUCCCCAUAAGAUUGGCUGAGACUGUUAACUAGACAGAUCAGGACCAGAGCCAGCACAAGUCAAACAUAGCCCUUGCCAAUCAGCAUCUCCUCAUCAAGCUAAAUUGAAUCAAUGCAUAUCUAUGAGGAAAGUUCAGUGUCUGCAUGCAGAGGGUGGAGACAAUGAAUGGUAGUGCUGCACACUAGGCCGUACUGACCCAGGAAGCACCUCUAGCAGCCAUCUAAGGAGUGGCUAGUGGAGUUAUUUUCUAUGAAAAGACAGUGUAUAAUGCAAAAAGCUUGAUUCUACUUAGACAGGACCCCUGUCUGCCUAAUGAUAGGAAUUACAGUGUGGAAAUGAACAGUCAAGGUCUGGUGCAGAGUAACCACACAGCCCCUGGUGUUGAGCACCAGGGUUUGUACGGCCACAUUCCAGGGCCCUGAAGCAGCUAGUGUGGAUCCCAGGAGCUUGAUAAUAUGCAGAUAUGUAUCCAGUACUGGAAAAAAGACAAGACUAGAAGAACCCAGAACUGGAGCAGGACAGACAGCAGAACCCAGAACAUGUACACAAGACAUGAGGGAAACAAGAACAGGACAUGGACAAGCUAGGACAGAACUGUACAUGAAGGAGUGUGUUCUGCAGCCGGAGCAAGCUGGACGUGUGCGGGUGAAGCUCCACAAGGAUCACUGGGCCAACAGCACACUAUAGCACGGCAACACAGAAUCCUCUGCAGUUAAAAAAGGGCCAUGGAUAAGCGAACCCCAAGAAGCAGCCCAAAAAAACGGUGGAACAAGGCGCAACGGUGUCCGACCUGUUUGCGGCCUCCCGCGCCACGAGGCUGAGUACCCAAGAUGGUGGACGGGAGAGCUCGAUGGUCCCAUACACACCCCAGAGCCCAGGAAGCACAGCGGCCCAAGUGACAUCGGAUGCUACUGCCGCUCAAAUCUUGGAAAAGCUGGCAGAGGUUAGAUUCUACCUUGCCACCGAGAUCGCCAGGAAUACCAACGAUGUUAAAUUGGAAAUCCAGGGUGUAGGCGUGAGGACGGCAGCGCUUGAACAGAGGCUGGAGUCCACAGCGGUGGCGCAUAAUGCGGCAGUGACCCAGAUCAACCGCCUGAUGGCGAGGCUAGCGUCAGCGGAAUCAGCCCUAGACGACUUGGGGAACAGAUCGCGCCGGAAUAAUGUCUGUCUCCGGGGCCUCCCAGAAUGGAUCUCUGAUAGAUGUAGUCACCACUAUCUUUCAGCCGCUGCUGCCCGAAGUGCCGGAGCAUCAGUGGCAUAUUGAGAGAGCUCACAGAGCACUUCGGGCAAAACGAGGGGAUAAUCAACCCCCCACAGACGUUAUUAUUGAAUUCCUGCACUUUCCAACGAAGGAGGCUCUCAUGAAACGCAGUAGAGAUGGCCCUAUCCAAUAUAGGGGCGCGGAAUUGACCCUGUUUCGGGAUCUUACCCCAGCUACCUUACAACAACGGAAAGCAUGGCGACCGAUCACGACAUUGCUGCAAAAGCAUCAGAUCAGGUACGCCUGGGGCCAUCCAUUUCGGCUGCUGGCCUUCAGGGAGGGUCGCACUAAGGUCCUGCAUCUAGACGGAUAUCCAGCGGUGUUCCUGCAGGAGUCCAGGAGGUGGUGGAGCUGGAAGUGCCUGCCCGGUCGACGGAGGAGUUACCAACCCUUCCACGUGAGUGGCUUUCGGUGGAUGACUGAGGCACCAGGCGGGCGGCCUCCUCGGGAUUAACGGAGGAAGGUGUGGGGGUAAUCUAGCUGCUGCUAGGGAGGGAUUGCAGGCGUUUGUUGAGGGGGAUUUUGUUCCGGGUGUGGCCCCUCGACGGGUGAUCCCUCAUGGUACGGCUCGGGAGCCCCCAACAUCCGAGCUACAGGGGAGGGCUUCGGGGUCCUGGGCCUUCCGUUUGUUGUGGAAGCUAUACCCUGAUUUGGGUGGGUUAGGGAUGCUGUUAGGGUACCACUGCUUCCUUAUUUGGUUGUGCUCUUUGCGUGGUUGGGGUCUGCUGCUGUGGACGAUAGCAAAAGGAACGAAGAUUGUCCCCCACCCUCAAAUGCGGGACGGACUCUAAGGGGCUCUUGGCGUAUCUCUCUGGAUGCCUCACGGUUCUUCUCUGGUGGGCAGAGGGGCGUCGUGCUAGAUACAAUAUGGUGAACUAAGCACUGGAAGCGGGCGGAGGUGGGGAGAGAGGCUACAGGUUAUCAAUGUGGCGCCGCUUGGUCUCCCCAUGGAGAUAGCCACUGUAUUUUAUAAUGUGUGUCAGACUGCUUGUGAUAUUCUCGGGUUAUUCUGCUUUCAGCAGCCCUAACUCCAAGGUAACACACUGCUCCUAUCCCCCUUUCUAAUGAUAUGAUUGAGUACCGACUGGCCCACCGGACAGACAGGUGCAAGCCCUUUUGAGGGGCCCGGGGUAUUGUAGCCGGUACGUUUCUUUUAUGAUAUUCCCCCAGUGGCCGGGAGGGGGGAGAGAGUCGAGCUUAGAUGUGGGCAUGGCGUGUGGGCUAUCUCUACUCGUGUUUGCGUAGUCCCGUGCUUGGUGUAGUCGAAAUAACGUCUGGAUACACCCCCCCGACACGGGGGAGGGUGCCCGGACAGCUGAGGGGGAGGAGGCCUUCACAUAGACUCUGGCGGUCCCGGGGAGAAUCAUGGACAGGCCAUGGGGACUCUCUUUAUGGGGUAGAUUGGAGGUGACCUACUGAUUGCAGGAGGCGGAACCUCACAGCAUAAUUGUUGGAGCAGCGCUCUGGGGGAUCUAGCGGUUUCAAACACUGUUGUAUACAACUAUUUCUUAACCGUGUUGCACUUUGUUAUAUGGUUGGCAGCCAAGUGGUGCCUUUAAAUGUUGGUCUGCGUCCCCGCUGUUUCGGAGCUUGAUUUUUUUUUUCGGUCCGGAGGAGCUGGGACGUAAACCCCAAUGGGACCUGGCUAAAGGUAAGACCAGGCAAUCUGUGUAUUAUACGUUUUUCUAUUUCUUCUCUUCUUUUCUCUUUCUCAUUCUGUUUACCCAUCUUGUUGUCUUACCCAUCCCCUACACCUUACCCCUUGGGGGGAGGAGCGGAACAGCUCGGACUGUUACGGGAAUGCCGAGUAGGCAUGGCGGUACCACUGAUUCACAACAUACGAAAACUAAACAUCGGGUGUGGGUCUUGCAGCGAUAGAAAGGGUGAGUGUAGCGUCAACACAUAUGAUACGAUAUGCCUGUAAAACUACUAUCUUUAAAUGUUAAGGGCCUUAACGCUCCUAAAAAGUGUCGCCUCCUAUUCAAAGAACAUAAACGCAUGAACCCCGAUAUCGCAUUCCUGCAGGAGAUACACUUGCCGGCGUCUGCAAAAUUCACCCUUAAAGACCACAAGAUAGCCAUACUCAUUAACAGCAGAUGCCUGAUCACCAUAGGCAAGGUGCAUUUGGACCCGGGGGGCGCUUUAUUCUGCUAUCGGGAACGCUAUUUUCUCAUGCUAUUCAUAUUCUUAACUUAUAUGCCCCCAAUGAUCCAGCCAAGGAUUUCUGGGUGGAAUUAACUCAUUCAGUUAACACAUUACCUCACGGCAUGGUUAUAGGGGGGGGUACUUUAAUGCGGCACCGUGUCCGGCCACUGAUAAGGGACCUUGCCAUGGACUUCCACGUUCCCAUAGACGGGGCGGACAAGAUAAGUUAUUGCACACUUUUAUACAACAUACAGCCUCAUUGAUAUCUGGAGAACACACCACCCUGACGUUACUGAUUAUACAUUUUACUCGCAUCCCCACGACACCUAUUCGAGGAAAGAUCUAUUCCUGGUGAACCCCCUGACUGUAGCUAAGGUUGCUGACUCUAAUAUAGGCUCUAUAACAUGGUCUGUUCAUGCGGAAAUUACAUUAACGCUAGAUAAACUGUGUGUGGCAUCUCCUUGGUUUUGGCGACUGAAUACCUCUUUACUCCGGAACCCGGAGAUAGUCGCAAAGAUCUGAACCGAACUGACAGAGUACUUUACGCGAGAAGCAGAAUCUGGUUUUCCUGUCGCAACAAUAUGGGCAGCCCACAAAGCGGUCAUAAGAGGCACCUUGAAACGCGAAGCAACAUUGAAGAAAAAGUGCAAAACCCAACUAUUAUCAUACAAAUCCCACGGAUAUUGCAAAGUCUUUACGGACUCUUUGGGUACCCACAGCGAACUAGAGAGGAUCCGGGGUUUUUUGUCUCAAAUGGACCUCCCUAAACUUCUCGGAGCAGAUUUGGAAAACCUGCAAAAACGGAUCACUGCUGAAGAAGUGGACGUGGCUAUAUCUGCAUUAAAAAGCAACAAAGCACCAGGCCCAGAUGGCUUUGACGGAAGCUAUUACAAGAUCCUACGUGAGGAACUUGUGCCUCAAUUGGAAUCCUGGUGCAACGAUUUAAUGGAAGGGGGGACGCCGGAUGGAGACAUGUCUUUGGCGGAUAUACUCCUCCUACCAAAGCCAGGGAGGGAUGAAGCAAUCCCUGAAAACUUCCGCCCGAUUUCCCUGAUAAACCAUGACUCUAAAAUCUUAACUAAAAUCCUAGCGAGCAGACUGAACCUGAAUCUUCCCCGGCUGGUCCAUCCGCAUCAGGUGGGAUUUGUGCCGGGAAGACAACUAUAUGAAAACACAAGACGUAAUAUCAACCUGAUUUGGAGGCAGUCCACUAGGGGCAUUCAGACCUUGAUACUGUCUCUUGACGCCGAGAAGGCAUUUGACAGGGUCAAAUGGUCAUAUUUAUUUGAGGUCUUGAAGCACUUUGGCAUGCCAGCACAAUUUUUUACAGCUAUCCAGGCCUUAUACACUAACGUGAAGGCGCGAAUUCGGAUAUCAGGUGCGAAGGUCACCCCGUUCUGAUUGAGCAAUGGCACAAGACAGGGCUGCCCCCUCUCGCGUUUACUAUUUGCCCUCUCUCUAGAACCACAGUUAGAGAAAAUACGCACUUCUCCAGAUUAAAGGAAUUGCAGUAGGAGGACAGCGAAACGUGGUUUCAGGAUUUGCUGACGACGUGCUUUUGACAUUAACAGACCCAAUAGAUUCUAUGGCAGCAGUGACAAAUAUAUUACAGAAUUAUAGCAAUCUUGCAGGUUACAAAGUGAACCUCAAUAAAUCCAGCGCACUUCCCAUAGGUUUGACGGAAGCCGACGCAGCAUAUAUAGGGACAACAUAUCAUAUAAGUAUAGCGAGGGAUUACAUAAAAUAUUUGGGCAUACGGUUGACGGCAGACCCCACCCAACUUUAUCAACAUAACUACAACCCGUUUAUCCGAACCCUAAUGAGCGAUAUGGAGAGAUGGCUAGAUAAACCGAUUUCGUGGAUCGGACGGAUACACUCCGUUAAAAUGAAUAUCCUUCCUAGAAUACUUUUACUUUUCCAAGUCCUCCCGGUCUGGUUAACUAAAUCUCAGCUAGGGACACUCCAACAGGCUCCACCUUGCUAUAGGCAAGUUCAUAUGGCAGAAUAGGAGGCCUAGGGUGCCUUAGGGUAAUGUGCUCUACAGGGCAAAAAAUAGAGGAGGCCUGGGUCUCCCGAAUCUUUAUUAUUAUUACAUUGCUUCGCAAUUGGCACUCUCCACCGGAGGAGAGAAGAUGGGUAGAUCUGGAAUCCUCCCUCAUGGGGGCGGAUAUGCCCCAAUACCUGAUGUGGAUCCCUAGGGACAUAGAGAACACAGGAUUACAGAGAAUAGGUCAUAUCUUUGAGAAUGGCUCUUUGGUAACUUUUGAGGACUUGAAAACUAGGGCGCCGUUAAGACCAUUCGACUAUUUUCGAUAUCUCCAGCUAUGGGAUUAUGCACAAACCGCAGAGGUUAAGAAAGCGGCUCUAAUACAACCAACGUUUUUUGAGAGGAUGUGCCUUAGGGAAACGUUUCCAAGUGGGCUAAUUUCCUACCUUUAUGCUCACCUGAGCACCCAGCCCUUAGAGUGGGGACAGAUCACGUAUACGGAGCAGUGGGAGGCAGACCUAGGAGCUGGAGGGCGUAGAAUGGCAGGAAAUAUGGGAGGCCGCUGCGACAUCCUCUGUGUGUGUCCCUCUGUAGGAACAGUAAUUUAAAACAUUAUUUCGAUGGUAUACUACACCAGUGAAACUACACCGAAUGCAUAAAACUCCAAUGGUGCUGGAGAGGUUGCGGACAAAAGGGCACUUACAUACACAUGUGGUGGGAAUGCCCGGAGGUGUAGGCUUACUGGAAGCGGAUUGAGGUAUUAGAGCGAGAUAUUUUCGAAAAAGAGGUCAAACUGGACCCAUGGGUAUUCUUAUUAGCUAGAUCUCUGGAUGAUUGGACACGAGUAGAACAAAACCUUCUCCAUAAAAUAAAUCUAGCUGCCAGGAGGGCUCUGGCCCAGGUAUGGCUACAGAGGGAAACACCCACACUACCCAUGGUGAUACAAAAUAUUAAAGCAAAAUAUACCUAAUAGCGCCAAUUGACUUGCCGACGUCCCACAUGCAGCAUGGCGGUUGGCCCCCCUAGACACUAUUUCCCCCCCCCUCCUUCUUCCCCCCUAACUCUUUCCCCACCAUACUAUUCUUCUUCUCUCUGUGCUCAACUUUCCUUUUAUUUUCCUGUUCAUCUCGAACGACUCGGCAGCGUAGAAUUACUAUUGGGAUACUAAGGAUAGGUACAAGACAACCUAGAUCCCACAAGGCUAUUUGGCACCCCUGAGGGGGUGGCAAUCACAGAUUGACUAACUUUCCUAUCUUAAUCUGAAAAUGUUGACGUGGCUGUACACAUUUUACUUUUAUCUAUAUCAAAAAUCAGGGCAGGUUGUUGGAUGUGUCACAAUCUCAAGAUGGACCGUAAACAAACAGUAAGACCUCGAUCUGUGGACUUUUACAUGUUAUACCACUCACAACAUUGCUUUAGAUGCCUUUACAUGUACAACUGUCGAUUGAGGAACAUAUACUAAUACAUGUCUGUAUAAAGUUAACGGAUGUUAUGUAUGUGCUGUAGUUGUCAUCCUGUCUUGCAAUAAAUAAAGAAUAAAAAAAAAAAAAAAAGAACUGUACAUGAACUGGGAAUACAAGACAAAAUAAAACAAGACAAGAGAUACAAGACAAAACAAGAGGAGAAAUAACUAAGUACUAUAUAUGUAAUAAACAUUGGAGAUUGAGACAUACAUAAAUGGCCGAAAUGUAUGUGUAGCGGUACUUACCCUCUCCAGGGGCCGGGCGAGGUCCUCCUUCCCCGCCGCACAUAGUCCUGCAACUGGACCAGUUCUGGAUGAGCAUUUGGCCGGUUUACGUACUACCUGGGAGCAGGUUCAGCGUUCUUUGGUGGAUUCUGCUGCUUGUCAAAAGGUUCAGGCUGACAAACAUCGCAGAGCUGCUCCAUCCUAUGUUAUGGGGGAAAAGGUUUGGCUUUCUACUCGUAACAUCCACCUUCGUGUGCCUUCUAUGAAGCUGUCUCCCCAUUUUAUUGGUCCUUUUCGUGUCUUGGAUCUUCCCAGUAACCUGCGUAUUCCUAACGUCUUUCACAACUCCUUGUUGAAGCAGCUCCUGUGUGACCGGUAUACCCGAUAUGUUCCUCCUCCUCCUCCUGUUUCUGUAGAGGGUCAUGAGGAAUUUUUUUUUUUAUAAUUCUUUAUUUUUUCACUGCAUGUGAAAUAUCGUUUGCAGGGUAUAACAUGACAUUAGUAGGCAAUGCGAGAAGGAAGUUUGCGUAUACAAAGCAUGUGGAUAAAGAUGCACCAUUUUUGUGGUUCAGGCAAUAGGUAAAAGGUUCUGACCCGCGGUGAUCACAUGGCUAGAUCCGUUGUGGGUCACUGUGAGGGCUCGUGGAGUGGUCCAACGGUAUGUAACUCUUUCGGUUCUUAGUUGGCUCGUGGUUGGGUGGAGCGUUUUGCGCCAUUGCUGGGUGGACCUUGACAGGUCUUGGUAGAAGGACAGGUCAGCACCCUCAAAUGUGUAUGGUGUUUGGUUUCGUAUAGCUGAGAGGAGUGCUUUUUUGUCUUGAGCCAGGGCGCAGCGAACUAUGAUAUCACUCACGGCACUUGCUGGGGCCCUAGGUGAUUUUGGUAGGCGGAACAUGCCAUCAAAAGCGAGUUUUUUGGCGUGUGUUGGCGGUAAUAGGGAGGCUGUUAGUCGUCGCAGGUAGUGGGGCAUUUCGUCUAUGGUGAUGGACUCAGGUACCCCUCUUAUCUUCAGGUUAUUAUGCCUGGAACGGUCCUCCAGCGUAGCAAGUUGCGUGGAGAAUGCUUGCUGGGUUUUGUGGACGUUUUGCAGGGAGUCUUGUACAGUUAUCAUUUCCCGCCUCAUAUCUAUGAUGUCCUCUUCUGUAGCUCUCACCCUGUCUGUAACCACUUGUAAGUUAGCCUGGAUGACUGCUAUGUCAGUUGCUAGCUUCUGGCGGAAUUCGGUGAAGAGAUUUUUAAUAUCAUGCUUGGUGGCCAGAGCUGAUAUGUCAGGUAAGGCUGCAGCUGUGUGUUCUGGUGUUUGUGGCAGGGUUUGUGCUUGAGGGUAGUCAGGUGUUUGGGUCUGAGGGUCUGCUAGGGCCGGCUGGUUGGCUGGGGCAACCAUUUUGGGCAGGGUUUGGCAUUGUAAUAGGGCCCCUAUGUCUUGGGAUUCGCUUGAGGUACCUGAGAGAGGUUUCUGUGAGCGUCUUCCCAUGGUUGAGGGCUGAUCUGCAGGUAAGUGGAUGUCUGUGCUCCAGCUGUGCUGGAGGGAGAUGUGCCCCAGGAAAUCCUCCAGGCGUGUAGCGUGGUGGUAGGCCACAGGCUUCUUCCGUCGCCGGUUCUGUCCGGAACCAGCAAAGAAUGGCAUGUGCCGAUACUGGGAGACACCUGGAUGUAGAUGCUGCUGUGGGAUAUGAUGGAUGUGCAGUUUAUCCGAGGAUAUCCGUCGGAUUGAGCAUAGCUCCGUUGGAUCUCCUGAAAAAUGGGUCAUGAUGAAUUUGAGGUGGCUGCCGUGCUUGACUCUUGUUUUCUCCGGGGUCGCCUCCAGUACCUGGUGCAUUGGAAGGGAUAUGGGCUGACGCUCUUCACGCUCCUCGCCUUCUGCGUUCCUUCCAUUCUCGUUUUCCUGCCAGGCCCGGCCCGCCCAGUUGGCGUGUCUUCAGGGGGAACUGUAGCGGUACUUACCCUCUCCAGGGGCCGGGCAAGGUCCUCCUUCCCCGCCGCACAUGGUCCUGCAACUGGACGGUCCGGUAAGACGUAUAUUGUUUUCUUGUCUCUCGUUGGACUAUUCUUGCGUGCUGGGGUAUACUACUGUGACAGUAUGCAGCCCACCACUGCGCCAAAGUACUCCAAUUACAGUGGGUCCUAAAUGCCUAGUUAUGCAUGACUCAAAGUACAAUAAUAAAACACCCACAGUACUUACCUGCAAGGAAAGGAGCAGAGGAAUACGACCACUGCAAGGAGGAACACACUGAAACAAAAAGGAUAAAUGGCAAAGGAACAGGAGUGGCAAAAAAACACACAUUUAAAGGAAUCCAGGAGACUGGGAAUUCCAGGAACGGAAAACAGGAAUGAACCCAGAAGACCCAGCAUAAAGAAAACCAGACAUAGAAUAGAUAACCAGAAAAAACAAGAAAAACUAAACAAGAAUUGUAAAAAGAGUACUGGAUACCAGAAGCCAUGGCCAGAAAUGAUUCGCAAACAGGAACAGGAUAUGACACAGUGGAGCCAAACUGCAGCCUGAGCACAUCAUCAUCCUCUUGUACUCAUCUGGUGGUAAGUAGGCAAUCCAGUAUAUUAUUAGUGGCACUAAUCUCUAAUUUAUCUCACAUUAAAGUGACACUAUAGUCACCAGAACCACUACAGCUUAAUGUAGUGGUUCUGGUGUAUAUAGCCUGUCCCUGCAGGUUUUUUAAUGUAAACACACUGCCUUUACAGAGAAAAGACACUGUGUGCAGCACGGGCGCUGGCUCAUAUGGCAGAUCAUAUGGGUGGGGCAUUGGACAUGGCCCUGCAGGUAAUCUGCUAUUGCAGUCAGGGACAUAUUUGCCGCGAGGCAAACAAGGCAUUUGCCUCGGGCGGCACUUUCCAGGGGACGGCAAAAAACGCCUAACUAACGGCUAACUAAAAAUCCAGACGGGUGUGCAUCACUCUGCGGCGCGUGAGGGAGCUGAGCAAAGACAGCUCACUAAUCAGUGCUCCCUCGCCAGUGCCGCCCACCCGGAUUUUUAGUUAGCCGCACAACCGCCUGCCUCCCUUCCUGUCAGAAGCUGUCUGAGUGAUUGGGUGUGUCUGGCUGUCAGUGUGUGUAUGUCUGUCAGUGUGUAUGUGAGUGAUUGUGUGUUUGUCAGUGUGUAUCUGAGUGAUUGUGUGUGUAUGUCUGUCAGUGUGGCUGUCACUGUGUGGCUGUCUGUCAGUGAGUUAGAGUGUGUGUGUCUGUCAGUGAAUAUGUGUUUGUUUCUGAGUGAUUGUGUCUGUGAGGGCGCCUGUCUGUCAGUGUGUGUGUGUGUCUGCGUCAUUGUGUGAGUAUGUCAGUGACUGUGUGUAUGUCAGUGAGUCAGUGAUUGUGUCAAAAUCAGUGUGUGUAUGUCAGUGUAUCUGAGAGUGUCUGUCAGUCAAAGUGUGUGUUAGUUGUUUAACAGGAAGAGGUGUGGCAUUGACAGAAAGGGGUGGGGCUAAUGUAAAUUAGGGUGUGCCCGAGUUCCAUAAUACCUAGGGCAGCACAGUGCAGUCGAACGUUGCUGGCCAUUUCCAGGAUCUGUCAUAGAGCGGAGGUUGUAGAGGUCUGUGUAGAAUCGAUGGAAUUCUUUCCUUAUCCCAUCUGGGAGCUGUGUGGUAUGCUCCACUUUAGUUCUGAUUUUUGUGAUGUGGCACAUGCGUCUUUGUUUUCGGAGCAUCCUGGCUAAUAAGCAGUCACAUUUGUUUGAGUGUUCAUAGAAAUGUCUUCAUGAUUUGUGGAUAGUGUGUAGUAAUCCCUGUGAUAAAAUUUGACGAAGGUUCUGUCUAUUUUCUAGCAGUUCUUUGUACGUUUCGUAAACAGGGUAUCUUUGUGUGAGCGCUCCAGAGAAGCCACCCGUCGAGCCAGUUCCACUGUCCUUCGUCACUGUUCUUUUUUGUGCUUUGUGCAAAUGCGGAUAAAGUGGCCUCUGACGACGAAGUAGUGUUAUAAUGUUGUCCUGGUUGCUUCAUUGAGUUUCCAUUGCCUUUUCGAGGGUUUGAAUCGUGGUGAGCGUAUGCUAGUCAUGAUGGGAGAAUGGUCCGACCACGUCGUGGGUAGGAUUUCACUGGAUGGCAGUAGAGUAAGGUAUUCUUGGGCCAUGAGGAUGUAGUCCAAUCUGCUAUAUCUUCUGUGUACAGAAGAGUAGAAGAAGAAAUCUUUGACGUCCGGAUGAGAGACUCGCCAACUGUCAGCCAAUCCUGAAGUGCGUAUGGUGGUUAGUGCAGUGUGAAGGCUGCUUCUCAGGAAGGACCAGUGGCCUUGGGAGGUAUCCAGUCUUGAGUCCAUAGCAAUGUUCAGGUCCCGCGCGACAAUGAGCAGGCCCUCUCAGAACUUCUCUAGUGAGGACAGCGUACGCUUCAGGAAUCUGUGCUGAUUCGUGUUCAAAGCAAAGAUACAGGCGAAUGUGUGCAUGCGGUCCGCGAUGGUCCCUUUAACCCCUUAAGGGCACAUGACGGAAAUAUACCCCUUUUAUUUCUGAAGGGGUUAAGAAAGAAGAAGCAACCCAGGGGAUCGGCCAACUCAGCUGUGGGGGUGUAUGGUAUUGUCUGUGUGAAAAGUAUGGCCAACCUAGCCUUCUUGGCAUCUCUGUGAUUAGCGAAGAAGCCCUGUGGAUAUCUGGAGUCCCUCAGGGUCAGGGCCCCAUGGUGUGCAUGACGAUGUCCAUGUGUGGUUUGGGGAGUGCGGUCAGGCGUGGUCACCCAGGGUCAGGCUCAAUUUCUGUGGGUCGUCAAUCUUUCCUGGGUCGGGGUUCUUGGGGCAUGGGUCAUGAACUUCACUUUGGAUGUGCUGUUGCAUCAGUGUCAAACCCUCCCUCCCGGGAAGUCUGUCCCUCAGAUCCAUGAAUUAGUGUCCACCUCAUGGGCUAAUGGCAACUUUCAUGGUUCUGUUAGUCUACAUGAUGAGCACAGGUGCCUCCGGUAUUAUUUGAGGUACUUGACCUGUGCGUGCCAGACCCGCCCGCAAACCCUGCUGCCAAGAGCAGACCUGGAGAGCAUGGCACCUGGUUUGGGGGAGCGACCAGUAUUGCCAAACACCAGGAGGCUGCAUGGGGCACUUUGCCCUGUCUGCCUGACACUACACAACCCCUGGCUUGCCACAAACUGGAAUCCUGCUCUGCUCCAGAACCCCUAAAAAGGCAGCUCCCAGGGCCCUGCCGAGGUAAGUUAGGUUGCUAGCUCAUAUUCGGUUCUGGGCGUGUAAUGGCUUCACGUUGUGGGGUUCUAGUGGGGUGGUACCAUGUCAUGGCGUAGUGUGCAUCUGGCGUGUUAGCGCCGGCUGUAGGCGUACGCAUGACGGACCGGGACCCCCCCGGACAAGCAUGGCACCUGCUCAAUGAGGACCAACUAAGGUAAACCAGGCGCCAUUCCCUCCCCUAGGCAAGCCUGCAUGUCACCGGGGGGACCACAUCCCAUGGUACAAUUGGCCAGACUGCGUACUGCAUUGUGUCUAGCCUUCUGUGUGGCAUAGUUUGGUAUGCAUCGUCUUACAGCUUGUAUCGUGAGCAUAAAACAGUGAACACCCAGGGCCUCCCGGCCGUCAAUCAGGCGCUAUGGAUGGCACGGAAAGUCCUGGUGUGGUACGACAGGCAUCCCACAGUCUCCUGCCUCAGCCACAGAACCCCCUCCGAGCUCGGUCCCACCCAUGGAGACCCGCCCAGUGCAAAUAUACACAGCCAGACCUCUCCCACCGAUCUGCAUGUCCCUGAAUAGAUAUAAGUGAUAUGAGGCCACCGGAGUUCACCCCCUGGGUAAUGCCGGCUUAAGCACCUGUGUUUGGGUUUGGCCUUUUUUGGUUAAUUGCCCAGGUAGUGAGAAAAAAAAAAAAUAAGAAUAAAAAUAUGUGAAAAAAAGAAAGAAAAAAAAAUGUUUCCAUCCCGAGUGGCAGAAAGUUCGGAGCCAUCUGUGUGUGGUGAGCUCGGUGCCACAAGGGGGUACUCUUGUGUGAUAUGUUAGGGGGCGACAACCCAUGAGCGGCGGGUGGGGGCCCUAAAUUAAAAUGGGGGGGACCUAUUGUCCUCCCCCCAGGGUGGUGGGUGUGGGCUAAAUGUAAACCACCCCCCAGGUGACUUGGGGUCCCCAAGCCCCUAGUCACACCCCAGCCAAAAAAAAAUUAAAUAAAUUCCUACCUACCUCCCUCACCCGGUGGGGAAAGGAGGGGAUUGAGGAGGAAGAAGAUGGGAAAAUGGUCUCAGUAAACAGUGUUGUGGACGGAAUAUUAAAUUUAGUAAAAUGCCUAUUUACUCUGCAUAACUAUAAUCAGUAUUAUUCAUAAGUUAAUCAAAAUGGCCGUUAGGGAGUUACCCCUCCCAUCGACUAACCACCUCAACUAACAAGAUGGCACUGGAAGAGGUGGAGGAGAAUCCCAUGAUGACAGUGACAUCACACCCGGUAGGAUGUACAUUAGAUGAACCACUUAACAUACUUAGCAUACCAGCCUCCUGGAUUAAACUUUCCUCAAGUUUUUCAUUAACCUGAAACUUGUAUCUGGUGUGAAAUUACUUUGGGAAGCGUGCACGCAUUUAAUUUUAAAAUUUGGACAGGGGCAGAUAUACAAAAUUAUCAAACACUUGAUUUGAUCCAUGACAAUUUGGCGCCCAACGUGGGGCACCGACUGCUCUGAACGGACGGCCGGAACCAGGACCAGAGCGGACCUCCAGAGACGGGACCGGAGACUGAUCACCUCCUUAAUAUUUGGUAAUGAUUGCAUAUUAGCACUUUUCCUAUAUCUCCUGUCUUUGUGAUUUGCCUGCCUCUGUGUCCACCCUGGCCGCCGGAAGGCAUCAAAGAUAGGGAAAAUAGUUGACCGGUGUCUCUUUAUAAGAACUGUUGAUUGUCUAUCUGCCUCCUGAGUGUGAAUCCUGGGUGGGAAAGUGAUUGUUUGAGAAUUUAAGAUAGGUUAAUUGCAUUGUAUCGUUACGUAUUAUUAGCUUGACUACCUAACUGAUAGAGACCUUUAUUGUAUUUAGUUGUUUGCUGUUUGGAGGGAACAGGUUAAUUUAGUUGUUUGCUGUUCAGAGGGAACAGGUUAGUUUAGUUGUUUGCUAUUCAGAGGGAACAGGUUAAUUUAGUUGUUUGCUGUUCAGAGGGAACAGGUUAGUUUAGUUGUUUGUUGUUCAGAGGGAACAGGUUAAUUUAGUUGUUUGCUGUUCAGAGGGAACAGGUUAGUUUAGUUGUUUGCUGUUCGGAGGGAACAGAUUGAUUUAAUUGCUUUGCUGUUCAGCGGGAACAGAGACCGCUGGUUUAAUUAUUGUUAUGCUUGAUACAUUAUUAUUCUUUAUUGUAUUAUGGUGGUUGCUUAAUUGGGAUUGCAUUGUGUGUGACAUGAUUGCAUCUGUGUGGGUUGUGUGGUUUAUCCUUGAUUCAUGUCUAUGUGCACACAUCUUUAUUUGUGAUUCUUGCAAGUGUCUCCUUAUUGGCAUUUUCACUUUCACUUUCUCUCCCUUUUCCUUUACUGUAACUUUAAUCCAGAGCUGUGUUAGUCAUACACUACUCACCUCGCUCCGAUCCGUGACCACCAUCUCGGGUGGGCGGAUCCAGUGAUUUGGGAAGACGCACGUAUCACGUGGCAGUCGAGCACUGUAGAUGUUCUUUUUCCUGUUUACAUCUCUUUAUCUCUCUCUCAAGUGACGACUUGUGUAUUCAGAAUGGGACAGGAGCAUGCUAGACCGAUUAGAGGCCAGUUGGCUUGUGAUAUUGUGAAAGAGAGGGCAGGUGAGGAACCUGUGACUAAGUUGAGGAAGAGAUCGCUAAGAUCCGUGGUAUUACCAUGUCUCCCAGCGGCCAGUUACAACCAGAGAGCUGAAGAAAAUUGUUGAUAGAUAAAGAGGGAUUGUUGCUUGAUAAUGGAUUGACUAAAGCAGCAGAAGCUUGGUAUCGUGUUGCAAAAGGAAUUAAACGUGAUGGAUGGUCAGAGGAAGAACUGGAAAUUGAAGGACAAAAGAUUUAUGUAUACUAUGAAAAUGUUUGUACUGUUGAUUCUACCCCAAGUGUGUCUCAGCCACCGCCCUAUGAUGGCGUCUGGUGCAAGGAGAAAGGGGCUAACCCAACCCCCGUAGCCCCUGUCCAGCUACAAGCUCCAACUGACACUGCCCCUCCAGCCCCCAACUCCCUGUAUCCCGUCCUUGGAGCGGACGGAUCUUAUUAUUACCCUGCCCCUGACAUUCCUUCCGUUCCCUCCUCUGUCCCACCAACCCCUUUGUCAUUCUUUCAGUUCCCGUCCCUGUCCCACCUCCCCCCAUCAUUCCUUCUGUUCCCGCCCCGUCCCUACUCCCUCUGUCAUUCCUUACGUUCCCUCCCCCAUCUCACCUUCCCCUUUCGUCAUUACUUCCAUUUCCACCCCUGUCCCACCUGCCUCUGUCAUUCCUUCCGUUCCCUGCCCCGUCCCACCUUCUCCCCUCGUCAUUCCUUCCAUUUCCACCCCGAUCCCACCUCCUUCCCCUGCCCCCGUUGUGUCAUCUCCGGCCCCUGUCAUGGUUGUCACUUCCCCCUCAGCAUCCUUCCUGCCGUGUCCUCUCCCAUCCCCACAUCCAUUUCCGUACCCGCCUCUAUCAUGGCGGCCCCAGUUAUCCUAUUAUGACUGUUGGUUCAAAUGAUUCCAUUGCAAUAGGCCAUCAUCACGCUGUUUCCCCUGCAGCUUCAGGCCAUCACCCCACUACAUCACAACUAGUUUCAUUUCAGAUAGCUAACGAUACUGGCGUUGCAGCAGCACAAGCCCCGGCUAUAUCUGAUAUAGUUAGCUUUCACAGACAGUCCCCUGAUAAUGACAGUGCCCUACCACGGCCCACUGCCAACCAUCACAGUGCCCUACCUGCUGUGGAGGGAGCCCCUAUGAUGUAUGUUACCUUUAAUCCAUCCCAAGCUGCAACCCUAGUAAUUUCUCUCUCAGACCUAGAAAAGCAACCCAUGUACAGUACACCAACACAUGAAACAGACUCUUCUUUCUUGUCUGUUUCAUGUGUUGGUGUACUGUACAUGAAACAUGAGACUCUUCUUUCACAUGUUUCAUGUGUUGGUGUACUGUAGAUGGUACUCCUCGAAACAACCCACUAACCAAGCUCUUACGGGUGGGCUCAGACAUUCUCACACGGUUUGUUGUGUCUUCUACCUGUCCUAUUAACCUGUUAGAUGCUGAUGUUCUCUCCCGCCUGCAGGCUUCUAUCUCCUUUACUGAUGAAGGUCAGGUUCAGUUGUUAACUCCUCUCUCUCAUAAGGAUACCUCAGCUCUCUGUUCUCUAUUACACAUGGAGUCUCCCCGUUUGCCCUGGAUAGGGUCCCAGCCAAGCUUUGGUCCACAGGCCCAGAUGAUAUUGGAUGUCUUCAAGUUCCUCCUGUCAUUGUGAAACUGUAUGAAGGAGCAAACCCACCACGUAGGCCGCAAUACCCCUUGAAGCCUGCUCAGGCCCUUGCCAUCUCCAAACAGGUUGAGAACCUGUUAGCAAAAGGUGCUCUUGUUAAAUGUGUAUCAAAAUGUAACACUCCUCUGUUUCCAGUAAAGAAGAAAACUGAAAAACGGGAACCAGACCAAUACCAUAUGGUCCAAGACCUCUGUGCUGUCAAUGAUGUCACAGUCAGGGAUACAGCCAUCGUGCCCAAUCCACACAUACUUCUGUCACAGGUACCUCCUACAGCAAAAUUCUUCACUGUGAUAGAUCAGUUUCAUGGGUCACAUCAAUGUCCCAUAGGCUACUUUUCCUGCAAGUUAGAUCCAGUGGCCAGAGGAGAACCAUCCUGUCUACGAGCUGUUUUUGCUGCAAGCGCUCUGCUGGACAAGACUAAUGACAUUGUUCUUGGACACAAGCUUUCACUCCUUGCACCUCAUGAUAUUACUGCAAUUCUCAAUCAAGUCCAGCCAAAGCACCUUACCUCUGAAAGACAUCUCCGCCUACAGACAGCUUUACUUCUGCCUGACAACGUAACUCUACAAAGAUGCUACUCACUGAAUCCGGCCACUCUUCUGCCCCUUGUACCAAUAUAAUAAUACUGGUACAGCCUUGACAUAGACUCUGACAUUCUCUUUGAACUACAGAUACAAAAACCCUGAGUUCCACAUGAUGAGCAGCCUCUACUCUACCUACAUUGCACCCUAUGGUUCAGAAAUACCCCAGGACCAGAUCCACAUUACAAAGAAGAACUAUUCAGACUGGUGGAAGUAUGCCUCAUCCUGACAGACCUUUUCAGUGACUAUAAAUAGUGUAAUCCUGGUCGAGUUACCCAUGGAAGUAAGACACAUGUAUCACCACUGGGAGGUGGCUGUUCCUCGCAUCUCCUUCACUAAGUCCUCAGAAAUCUCAUGGAAGGAACUUGGCCCAUAAGCAAAAACAUGGAGCACUGCAAGUCAAGAUCAACUUGCAAUGGAAGGAGUCACCAAGAGAACUGUGAAUUGCAAAACAGUUAGCUACCCUCAAUAUCACACAGAGAUAAGUGAAGACACCCCUCCUACAGAGCAGGAUCCGGAUGCUCCUCAUGAUUGCUUUGAACAGAUGAAAAUGGAGACAACACAUCUCCCAACAGUGCAUAAAGUUGCUCUGCCAGAUCCUGACUUCACCCUGUUCGUGGAUUGUUCUAGGUUUGCAGACGAGAAGGGAAGGUACCAUACUGGAUUUGCUGUUACUACAGAAGAUCGGGUACUUCAAGCAUCUUCACUUCCCUCAUCCAUGUCUGCUCAAGAAGUUGAAUUAACAGCCCUCACAGUAGCAUGCAAAAUGUACGAAGGAAAGCGUGCUAAUAGUUACACUGACUCAAGAUAUGCCCUGGGUGUGGCACAUGAUUUUGGAUUAAUCUGGAAAACAAGAGGUUUCCUCACAGCAACUGGCACGCCAGUCAAACAUGGUGUGGCAAUCAAACUACUGAUGGAUGCCUUACUGCUUCCUGAAGAAGUGGCUAUACUGAAGGUAAAGGCCCACGGAAGAUUGAAUUCAGAAGAAGCACAUGGCAACUAUUUAGCUCACCAGGCCGCCAAUGAUGCUGCACAAAAAUCAAGGGAAGUGGACAGAAGAGUGUCCGCUGAAGGAACUCCUAUAUACACUAUGCAAACUCUACCCACGGAUCUCAAGUUUCUGAAAGAACAACAAGCAGCUGCUACCCCACAAGAAAGGCAAAGUUGGAAAGAAAAAGGGGCAACCCUUCAGGAUGGGGUGUAUACCAUCAAUCUCAAAUUCUGCCUACCCAAGAACAUGUACCCAGCAGUGGUCCAAUGGGCCCAUGGACUAGCACAUUUGUCUAAACCCCUCAUGAACUCUCUGAUUGACAAAUAUUUUGAAGCACCUGGAAUAACUUCACUGACCAAGAAUUACUGCAGUUCUUGCACCAUUUGUGCCAUAUGUAAUCCAGGAAGAAUGAUUAAAGCUCCUCCAAAACAUCUGGCGAAGCCACAUGAUCCUUUCCAGAGGAUCCAAAUUGAUCAUUGUAACGGACCAUUUUGCACACAAGAGGUUAAAAACCGUUUAGGCGAUAUUGCCCUUCCAGAUACACAGGCAGCUACUGUAAGCACCAAUCUCCCGAACUGAAUACAAGGGAAUGCUCCAAACUCCCGAACUGCAUACAAAGUAGACAUGUGCAAUUCGUUUCGGGCCGAAUAUGAAUUCGGCCGAAUUUCAGGCAAUUCGGACAUUCGGGUACUUCCGAAUGUCCGAAUAGCCGAAGUGCCGACCUAAUGUCCUCCCUCCUGGCCCCCACCCCUGAGCGGUGGCUGGGGGCCCUAAAAUACUAAUUAGGGGGACCUAAUGUCCCCCCUCCUGGCCCCCACCCCUGAGCGGUGGGUGGGGGCCCUAAAUAAAAAAAUGACCCCACACUCCGGGUUACUAGGGGUCCCCAAACCCCUAGUCACCCCCCUCCCCCCAAAAAUUAACCCCUACCUACCCCCCUAACCCUAAAUAUUAUGAGGGGGGACCAUUUAACUAAGUACCUGAAAAAAAAAUAAUAACCGACACACUUAAAAAAAAAAACAAAAACAAAAAACGAGCACUCUGAUUGGUUGGUUUGAAAUCCACCAAUCAGAGUGCUCAGUGUCAUUUUACACAGCGUGGGAAAGUUCUUUGGAAUUUUCCCACGCUGUGUAAUUUGACUUAUAACACUCUGAUUGGUGGAUUUCAAACUAACCAAUCAGAGUGCUGUGACAGGUAAAUGUAGAGACUUACCUGUCAGUCUCUUCAUUUACCUGUCAGAGUACUCUGAUUGGAUGGCUUAAACCCACCAAUCAGAGUGCUCUGAGCCUAAUUGCAGGGCGGGGGAAGGCUUUAUAAGCCUUCCCCCGCCCUGCAGAGCUCAGUCUGCGCGGAGCCCUCGCCGGGUUAUUAUAUAUUUAUUUUUUUAAGUGCGUCGGUUAUUAUGGCUUUUUAUUUGGCCUUUUUUGGGGCUGAAAAAAGAAGAUUUUAGAAGAAAGAAAACAUCAAAUGGUAAGUUUUUUUUUUCCCCCAGGUACUUAGUUAAAUGUCCCCCCUCAUUAUUAUUAGGGUGAGGGGGGUAGGUAGGGGUUAAUUUUUUGGGGGAGGGGGGUGACUAGGGGUUUGGGGACCCCUAGUCACCCGGGGGAGGGUUUUUUUUUAUUUAUGGCCCCCACCCACCGCUCAGAGGUAGGGGCGAGGGGGGAGGACAUUAGGUCCCCCCCCUAAUUAGGUAGGGGUUAAUUUUUGGGGGGAGGGGGGGGACUAGGGGUUUGGGAACCCCUAGUCACCCGGGGGAGGGGGGGGUUAUUUUUUUAUUUAGGGCCCCCACCCACCGUUCAGAGGUGGGGGCCAGGGGGGAAGGACAUCAGGUACCCCCCUCAUUCUAAUUUAGGGCCCACCCCUCCGCUCAGGUCCCCCCAAUUAGUUUUUAGAGCCCCCACCCACCUCUCAGGGAUGGGGGCCAGGGGGGAGGACAUUAGGUCCCCCCUAAUUAGUUUUUAGGGCCCCCACCCACCGCACAGGGGAGGGGGUCAUGGGGAGGACAUUAGGUCCCCCCCAUUCUAAUUUAGGGCCCCCUCCCACCGCUCAGGGGUGGGGGCUGGGGGGAGGACAAUAGGUCCCCCCCCAUUAUUUUACUUUAGGGCCCCCACACGCCGCUCAGGGGUGGGGGCCAGGGGGGAGGACAAUAGGUCCCCCCCAUUAUUUUACUUUAGGGACCCCAUCCGCUGCUCAGGGGUGGGGGCCGGGGAGAGGACAAUAGGUCCCCCCCAUUAUUUUACUUUAUGGCCCCCACCCGCCGCUCGGGGUGGGGGCUGAGGGGGGGGCAAUAGGUCCCCCCCAUUAUUUUACUUUAGGGCCCCCACCUGCCGUUCAGGGGUGGGGGCCGGGGGGGCAAUAGCCCCCCUUUAGUUUAAAAGCCCCACUCGCGCGUCGCGGAUGGGGGCUCGGGAUGGGGGUACCCAUUUUUUAAAUUUAUUUUUUUAACAGUUUUUUUUUAACGGUUUAAUAGACAUGCCCCUACUCGCGGUAUAGCGAGUAGGGGCACAAUUUACUAAUACUAAGUAAUUUUUACUUAGUAUUAGUAAAUUUGGCUGAACCCCUCUACCCCCCCAAACGACAGGAGAGACCCCCGAGAACACUACAGGGCAGACUAUCGGAGACAUGUGGAGGCAAGCCCGUGGCGCCAGUGGGCCCAACAUGGCGGCUCUCCAUGGUGGCUGCUCGGAUUUUUCCAAGGAACUAUCUGAGGAUGCAGACAACGAAUAUCAACCUGCCCUUGCCCUAACACAGAUGGCAAAACAGAGCAAGAAGGGAGCAGACUCUGAGCCAGUCACCACGGCGAUCCUAAAAGCACUAUUGGCAGACCUGCAGAGAAACAUCCUUGCAGAUGUCACGGCACUACAAAGCGACCUACAGGGCCUGACAGGCCGCAUCGGCACACUGGAGGGAUCCACACAAGCAAAUGCCCAGAACAUAACCAUAUUACAGCAGGCAAUGCAUGACUUGCAAUCACAGACCCAGCAGCAUUAACGUCGCCUCGCAGCCCAAGAGGAUUCCAGGCGGAGACACAAUCUGAAAGUCAGAGGGGACUCAGAGGCAGUGCCGGAGCAGGAGCUGCCACAUGUCAUGAGGCGCCUGCUAUCGACCAUCUUACCGCCCAGGCAAGCCAAAGGAAUUGACCCUGCCGACCUCUUUCGCAUCCCCAAGCCUGCAGGAGCACCAGCCAUGGCCUCAAAGGACGUUAUACUAGCAUUCUGCAAUGGAAGAGACAAAGCUGCAGUCCUCACCACCCUACGAGGGAAAACACCUCUCCAAUUUGAGACCAUGAAGCUGACUUUCGAUGCUGACUUUUCCAGUGGAACCCUAGCAUGGCGAAGGUCGCUCCGACCACUCAUCUCCCUGCUCCAACGCCAUAAGAUCGAGUACCGCUGGCGACUCCCCCGAACGCUCCAAAUACAACAAGGGGCAAACUCCCACCAAAUCCAGGACAUCCAGGAUGCUGCAACUUCGCUACGAACUCUGGGCCUACCACAGGACUCACUCUCCCAGGGGGGACAACCCAACCUCACCUCACCAACACGCAGAAUCAUAAAAUUCAACGAUAAUAUAGUAAGACCUUUCUCUCUCCAAAUAAGUAAAGAAAGAAAGAAAGAUUAAAACAAUUAAGGUCUGCAAUAGGAUUUAAGAAGAAGGGUUGGGGGAGGGCUCCGGGUGGGAAGGGAUUGGGAGAUAAAUAGACAAUGUUAAAAAAAUUUUAGUUUUCCCUUUUUAUUUUCUUUUGUCUUUCCCUAUCUAUGAACUCUAAUAAGGAAAAGAAGUAGAAUCUAAAUAAUUAUUUAGGAAACCAAAUAGUGGGUAAGAGAUUUAAGGGAAUAGAGGAGAGAAGAUAUUAAUGAUGACAAGAUUACCAAUGCGUUUACUAUAUAAGCAAUAAUCAAAACCUUACAUGACAAGAUACUUGUCUGAUAUUGUCCAAAGUAAAAAAAAAAAAAGAAAUUUGUGCGAAAAUAUCUGUACAACAAGGCCCAUAAUAUAACAUACUGCAAACCCCAUGAUGUCUACUUGCACAACUGAUAUGUAUUUAUGGGUAACUUGAACUGUCAAAUUGCUACAGUGCUCUACAAUUCAGAAUAGGCCCCAUCAAAUCCAUCAUUCAAAGUUCUAACGGUAAAAACUGCAAUAGUCAGGUCUUAUUAUAUAGCACUGCAACUUCACACAACAGUGGCAAAGGCUUACAUUGUGGGUAUUUUUGUACCCAGAAGAUGUAGCUGAAGACAAUAUGAAGUUUUGUACAGGAGUAGCACACAUCAGGUUUUAGAACUACAACCCGUAUUUGAUCUAAAACUACCAAAAAAAUAAAAUGAAAUUCCAGACAUAUGAUGUACUCUAUAAAUCAAGACAAAUACAUUUAAUUAAGAGUUCUUGCAUAGCAAGACCACUUACUGUUAUUUCACAUGUAUAUUAUUUUUAUUAAGUGUUCUUGCAUAGCAAGACCACUUAAUGUUAUCUCACAUAUAUAUAAUUCUUAUUAUAGCCAAAUUUACCACCCUAACUCCUCCCACAGUUUUUACACUACAUAGACACUAAUAUACCGAAAUGUGCAGAUUCUUCCCGAUUGUAUUGCUUUUACUUUGUGGAACGUUUCGCCGAUUGGUUCGUCGUUCUUGUGGCGAAAUUGGUCCCAUAGAAAUGAAUGGCAAAGUGUUCAAAACUAAAGUGGGAGCUGGCAAAAGCUGAAAAAUCAAGACAUGAUUUCCAAACUGCCACCACUCCCUCAUUUUCAAGGCCACCUACACAAAUCUUAUAUCAAAACGUUCAGCUAUCCCUGCUGCCACUAAAAAAUUUCCAUAGAUAAGCCAUAGUCCUGAUAGUUUUCAUAAUAUGACCAUUUGUUUGCAACUCACGCCUUGGGCCGUCUUUAAUAUUGAUUGGACCCUGGGCAAAGUAUUUGCUUGGGCCCCCUGGUAUCCUCCCGAGGUGUGCAAUCACGUCCUCCACCCCAACGCAGUGGCAGACCUAAAGUAGAGAGGUGCAAGAAUUUUUUUGAGCCUCCCUAUCGCACAGGUAAUUAAAAGGUAGAUCCCCAGCUGUUGUGCAACUCCAGCAAUGCAUUUGACAGCUGGGGCUCUACAAUUUACCCAUGUUUGAAGGUUUGUAUUUAGCACUAAGCUGUUUUUGUGUGUUUGAAUGUAAACAGGUUUUUGUAUGGAAUAUGUUUGUAUGUGGUGUUGGCGUACUUGCAAGCAUGUAUUUAUGUGUAGUAGUUGGUUUUUGAAUGCAGAGGUAUGUUUACAUAUAAUUUUGGUGUGUAACAUAGACGUGUGUUUGUACGUAGUGUUUGAUUUUGACACACACAGACAUACACACACACGGACCUACUGACAGACACACACACACAGAUCUACUGGCAGGCACACACAGACCUACUGACAGACACACACAGACCUACUGACAGACACAAACACAGACCUAGUAACAGACACACACACACACACAGACCUACUGACUGACACACACACACACACCUACCUACUGACAGACACACACACACAGACCUACUGACAGACACACACAGACCUACUGACAGACACAAACAAACACAGACCUAGUGACAGACACAGAGACCUGCUGACUUACACGCACCCACACGCACCUACUGACAGACACACACAGACAUACUGACACACACACACACAGACCUAGUGACAGACACACACACGGACCUACUGACAGACACACACAGACAUACUGACACACACACAGACCUACUGACAGACACACACAGACCUACUGACAGACACAAACACAGACCUAGUGACAGACACACGCACACAGACCUACUGACUGACACACACACACACACCUACCUACUGACAGACACACACACACCUACUGACUGACAGACACACACAGACAUACUGACACACACACACAUAGUGACAGACACACACAGAGACCUACUGACAGACAUAAACACACACACACAUACUUACAGUUGCAAGAAAAAGUAUGUGAACCCAUUGGAAUGAUAUGGAUUUCUGCACAAAUUGGUCAUAAAAUGUGAUCUGAUCAUCAUCUAAGUCACAACAAUAGACAAUCACAGUCUGCUUAAACUAAUAACACACACAGAAUGAAAUGUUGCCAUGUUUUUAUUGAACACACCAUGUAAACAUUCACAGUGCAGGUGGAAAAAGUAUGUGAACCCCUAGACUAAUGACAUCUCCAAGAGCUAAUUGGAGUGAGAUGUCAGCCAACUGGAGUACAAUCAAUGAGAUGAGAUUGGAGGUGUUGGUUACAGCUGCCCUGCCCUAUAAAAAACACAUGGUAUGGUGGUGGGGGCAUCAUGGUUUGGGGCUGCUUUGCUGCGUCAGUAUUUGAACGGAUUGCUAUCAUCGAAGGAAAAAUUAAUUCCCAAGUUUAUCAAGAUAUUUUGCAGGAAAACUUAAGGCCAUCUGUCUACCAGCUGAAGAUCAACAGAAGAUGGGUGUUGCAACAGGACAAUGACCCAAAGCAUAGAAGUAAAUCAACAACAGAAUGGCUUAAACAGAAGAAAAUACCCCUUCUGAGGUGGCCCAGUCAGAGUCCUGACCUCAACCCGAUUGAGAUGCUGUGGCAUGACCUCAAGAAGGCGAUUCACACCAGACAUCCCAAGAAUAUUGCUGAACUGAAACAGUUCUGUAAAGAGGAAUGGUCAAGAAUUACUCCUGACCGUUGUGCACGUCUGAUCUGCAACUACAGGAAACGUUUGGUUGAAGUUAUUGCUGCCAAAGGAGGUUCAACCAGUUAUUAAAUCCAAGGGUUCACAUACUUUUUCCACAUGCACUGUGAAUGUUUAUAUGGUGUGUUAAAUAAAAACAUGGCAACAUUUCAUUCUUUGUGUGUUAUUAGUUUAAGCAGACUGUGAUUGUCUAUUGUUGUGACUUAGAUGAUGAUCAGAUCACAUUUUAUGACCAAUUUGUGCAGAAAUCCAUAUCAUUCCAAAGGGUUCACAUACUUUUUCUUGCAACUGUACAUACACAUAUGCAAACUGUAAAGCCCCCCUCCAUCUUCCUACCUUACCUGGGGUCCAGUGUGCUGCCUUGGGUGGCUGGGAGUUGGGGAUUGGCUCUCUUUGCUCAGUCCCCCUCCUCGCUGCCUCCUGGCUCAGCCUCCCUCCCGCGCGGCUCAUCAUCUCUGAGGGAGGAAGUGACUCGCGGACGUCACUUCCUCCCAGGCUGCCGUAAAGCAGGGGGCCCGGUCGUGCUGUUAAAGGGCCACAGCACCCGACCGGGUCCCUGUUGAAGCGUGCUCACCAGGUGGCCCUAAGUGUAUUGGCCACCCGGUGAGCCCACUUAGAGUAUGGGCCCCUGAUGCAGCCGCAAUACAAGCACCGCGGGCCCACGGGUGGGGAGGGAAUUUUUCUUAUGCAGGCUAUGGGCGGCGGGGCCACAGGGCAGCUGCUUUGGGCUCCCAAGGAGUAACUGGGCCCCGCGUAAAAGACGGCCCUGCUCACGCCGUCCAUUGACAUUUAUUUAAACUCCACUCUAGCCAGCUCAAACCUGAAGGGCAAUUUCUAAACUGCGACUGUGCCUUCAUUUUUAAUACUUCAGAGACAUACAUGCAUCAUGUAGGUCUGGGUCUUGUGAUUCUCACAAUAUAAAGCUCUUCGCUGUAGGAUUUAUAGUUUUUAAAAUACGACCGUUUGAAGAUGGCAACUGCCAGUGAAGUGAGCAAUUUGGAGCAGUUUGUUUUCAACCGCUUUUUCUCUGCCCUAUUUGAAAUCUAUUAGUUCCUAUUGGCAGUUGGUGGAAUGUUCGAGGGAUUUUAAAGAUUUGAAAGCUCUUCUCUGCCCUUGCUGUAGAGUGAGUGAACCACACUCCAACCUUUCCACAGUUACUCCAGCCACUCCAACCACACAACCACUCCACCCAGUUACUCUGCCCACUCCAGUUGUAGACUACUGGUGGAGGCAAGAACACUUCACACAAUUUCCCCAGAAAUUGUAGCUUUUCUAGUUCGAAUUACUUUUCUUAAAGGACCACUAUAGUGCCAGGAAAACAUACUCGUUUUCCUGGCAUUAUAGUGCCCUGAGGGUACCCCCACCCUCAGGGACCCCCUCCCGCCAGGCUCUGGGGAGAGGAAGGGGUUAAACUUACCUCUUUCUCCAGCACCGGGCGGAGAGCUCUCCUCCUCCUCCUCUCCUCCCCUCCAUCUUCUCCUCCUCUUCGUCUGAAUGCUCAUGCGCGGCAGGAGCCGCGCGCGCAUUCAGCCAGUCCAUAGGAAAGCAUUCACAAUGCUUUCCUAUGGACACUGGCGUCUUCUCACUGUGAUUUUCACAGUGAGAAGCACGCAAGCACCUCUAGCGGCUGUCAAGAGACAGCCACUGCAGGCUGGAUUAACCCAUUUAUAAACAUAGAAGUUUCUCUGAAACUGCUAUGUUUAUAAAAAAAAAAGGGUUAACCCUAGCUGGACCUGGCACCCAGACCACUUCAUUAAGCUGAAGUGGUCUGGGUGCUUAUAGUGGUCCUUUAAGUCUAGACAAAGGCACAAGUUCUGAACCAAAAGAAAACCUAGAAUUGAAGCUAUAUGUUUGUUAAACCAUAAACUACCUAUUUCACCCACACUUAUUAUAUAUCAUUUUGUUAAGAACAAAUAGGGUUUUCAUUUCACAUCAAUGUAUAUACUGUAUGAACCAAUAUUUAAUAUGAAUAAAAUCUAAAUAAGAUACAGAAAAAAUUCGAAGAAUACAUCUUAAAAGGAAAGGAAUUAAAAAUCAUUAACGAAAAAGAAGCUAAUUACUUAUCUAUUGAUUACCCUAAAGUACCGGUGUUCUAUCACCUACCUAAGGUACAUAAAGACCAACACAAUCCACCGGGUAGGCCCAUAAUAUCAGGUAUUGACUCUGUAUCCACACGGAUAUCAGAAUAUAUAGAUAUUAUGCUGCAACCUUUAGUGGUGAAAAACCCAUACUAUCUCAAAGACACCAUCCAUAUGCUUCAAAUAUUAGAACAGACUGAAUGGCAGGAAGGGAACUUCCUAGUCACAUGUGACGUUAGCUCCCUAUAUAGUAUAAUCCCCCAUAAAAAAGGACUGGAAGCAGCGAAGUACUUUUUAGAAAAAUCAUCUUUUAGAGAAGAACAAAUAGAGUUCAUUUUAGAAGGAAUUUUACUUAUUUUAACCAACAAUUUUUUUUGGUUUCAGGACCAUUUUUACCUACAGAUCUGCGGUACAGCGAUGGGCACCAAGUUCGCCCCCAGCUAUGCCAAUUUAUUCAUGGCAUACUGGGAAGAAUUCUUUAUUUCCAUUGGCCAUGGCUGGAGGGCGAACUUGGUGUCCUACCGCAGGUAUAUAGAUGAAAUAUUUUUUAUAUGGACAGGCAGUAGUUGUGAAUUGACACGUUUUCUGGAGUUUCUCAAUACUAACGAUUGGGGCAUAAAAUUGUCUAGUAAUGUGAGCAAUAUUAAUAUUAAUUUUUUAGAUCUUAAUAUUUAUAUAAAAGGAUCUAGCAUUUUUACUAGAAAUUAUUUUAAACCGGUGGACUCAAACAGUUACAUUAACCGAACCAGCUGCCAUCACACUCCCUGGCUCACCAAUGCCCCUAAAGGGCAAUUUAAAAGGAUUAGGAGGAACUGUAAAGAAGAAGAAGAAUAUAUUAAACAGGCCGAAUACAUAAAAAAUCAGUUCAUAGAAAAAGGGUAUGAUGAAGAAGAUCUGAAGAAAGACAUGGAAGAAAUCAGACUCCUGGAAAGGAGCCAACUUCUAAAAUAUAAAUCUAAAAAUACGGCAUAUAAUUCCAACGAAGUCCCUUUCAUUAGUAAAUAUAAUGGAAACACGAGAAAAAUACAAAGAGUCAUUAAUAAACAUUGGCAUAUCUUAAGAGACGACCCCAUACUUAAGGAUAUUCUACCUUCUAAACCAAGAAUGAUUUAUAGAGGUACGAGUAACCUCAAAAAUAUGUUAAUUAGAAGUAAUUUAGAAACAACAAGACCUAAGCAUUUUAUUAAUAAUCUGAUAGGUUUUUAUGGUUGUGGGGAGUGUUUACCAUGCAGAGUUACAAAAUACAAAAAAAGACAUCUCGUAGAUAUAGGUGGAAUAAUAGGAUGACCAUACAAAAUAAGAGAUCACCUUACUUGUCAUUCUAAAGGAAUUAUUUAUGUCCUGAAAUGUCCAUGCAAUCUCCUCUAUAUAGGGAGAACCAUACGACCCUUGAAUGUAAGGAUUGCGGAACAUGUCCGCAAUAUUAAAAAAGGCCUUGAAACACACUCUGUCAGCAUUUUAAAAUUCAACAUAAUCAAGACCCUACAGGUUUAUUUUUUUGUGCAAUAAAAUCAGUUCAAAAGGAUUGGAGGGGAGGUAACUAUAUCAAUAAGCUGGGUAAAGAGGAAAUGAAAUUCAUUUUUAAUUUUAAUACUCUUAUACCAAACGGUCUCAAUUCAGAUUUUGAAAUUUGUCAUUUUUUAUAAUAUGUCACUACAACACUUUCUGUUCUAUUUUUUAUAUGAAGCAUACCCAUGUAGUAACAUUAGGAUUUUAGAAGCUACAAAGUAUAGCCACACUCUUUAUACAGAUAAUUGAUUUUAUAUAUAUAUAUUUUUAAUUUUUUAUUCAAAUUAUCCAUAUUACUUACAAGUUCUAUAUCAUGGAUUUGCUUUAUAUAUGUGUGUGAACCCAAUAAUAUAAUUUUUUAAAUGAUUUUUAUUAAUUUAUAUAACAUGUCUAUGAGAUUUUCCAUAUGUAUAACUAAGUUAUUUCCAUUUUCUCCAUUAAAUACUGGGUAUACAACCCGAUAUUCAUAUUGUUUAUGGACUAAAGGGAAUAAUAAGAACAAUAAAGCUUGUUGAAUGUGUGGAACGCAUAUGCGUUCCAACAGCGAUCUAACCAACAAUCCGCGAACCGGAAACACGUCAUCGACAUGCGACCGGAAACAGAAAAACCGUGCGAACACGGAAGAAACCAUCUUCCUGGAUGGAUAUAAAAACACACUAUCAGACGGACAUCAUUAGCAACUGAGGAAGCCCACGACUUGGGCAAAACGCGUUUUGCAACUCUUUUUUACCCCACAGAGGACUUACUUACUUCACUACAGUUCAGUAUUAAGUCUCCAUUUUUUCUUAUUGUAUAUUUUUGUAUAUUUGCACUUUACUGUUCAUCAUUAAAAGGAAUUUAGUCCCCAAUACUCCAUUGGUGUGGACACUUCUUUUGGAACCAGUGAAAGGCCACCUGUAUCUUGAAAGGGAGUGGGAUCCCUCCAAACCAUCCCACAGGCACUCUGAUUGAGCCACUAUCUAUUGGCUCCCUCCUUGUGAGUACUGAAUCGUACAUCUUAUGUUUAUAAAAUAUUAUACUGUAUGAUAUUGCACUAGGUGCUUGUAUAUCAUUUUAUCUUCACAGUUACUCCUUUUGCCUUCAUAUCACCAUCCUUUACCCUGAACCGUAUCAUUCCACCCAUUGUAUGUAGAUGAUUUUAUGUUAUUUGCUGUGUGGAUAGAGAGGUUACCACACGGGUGUUUUUUGAGUGAUUUGGUAUCUAUUUGGGUCACACGCUUAAACUCUGUACUUGUAUUUCUAAAAUCUAAUUAAGUUUGAGAACUUAAGAUAGUCUUUUCCAAGUUCAGCAUUGCACUUUUUACCAUGUUUGUCAUAAUACUGAGAGGUUUCAGUGUUAUAAAACACUAAUAUAUGUGUUCUGCAAAGUUUCACAAGUACAACAAUAUCCCCAUGUAAAGGUUUUAAUUGGGGUUUUGGAAGUUACAAGGACAAAUAUGGUACCUGGUCAUUUCAAUAUUUACAAAUAGAAAUUUUCAAAAUUAAUUUUCUGUGCUUAUGUUGCCUUUGAAGCAGCAUGACUGUCCAAUGAAGAAAAUUACUCUCUGUGGUAUUGAAUGACAUGCUUUUUGCAAAAGUCCAGACUUUUUAGUAGCCGCUUAGUCACAAAACCUGGCCAAACUUAGUGUUCAUAUUUUUGUGUGUUUUUAACACGAUCGUUUCACUUUCACUGUUUAUAUCAUCAUCCUUAUAUGAUUUAAAACAAUAAAACACCCAUAUUUAUGUUCAGCCAUGUCCUAUAAGUACAACAAUACCCCUCGUGUACAGGAUUUAUUGGGGUUUUAUUCCUGGAAGUUACAGGCCAAAUAUUGGACCUGCCUAUUUCAAUCUUCAUACAUGGAAAUUUGACAAAUUGGUUUUCUGGGCUUAUGUUCACCUUUGAGGCAGUAUGAACGACCAGGAAAGAUAAUUACCCCCUUGCUGGCAAACCAUUUUCAAAAGUAGACAACCAAGGAUAUUCAAAAUGGGAUAUUUUAAAUUAUUUACUGUAGCCACUUUAUCAAGACUGAGCUUAACUUAAGCAGGGACAGGCCAAGGUGAAGGGUAUAACAUGAAAAUAAGUUGGAACAGGCAGCUGAAUAAUAAGCAUAAUAAUGACAAACCGAGAUCAGGAAUCCAGAAUAACCAAUAAAUAGGGUCACAGAGUUAUUCAACUCAAUAGUUUAGCUCUUUAUGGUAGACUGUGAAACAGUCUCAUACAUCCCAACAUCGCCAGUUCCAGAAUCGGGACGCCAGUGGGAGGGAAGGAAAGGAAGCAGGCCAGUGAUGCGAUUGUGUCACUAGGUCUGCCCAAAAGAGGCAGACAUGUAUGGAAAUGGAGUCGACCUGCCCGGAAAUAUUGUGUGUCCACCCUCAUUACUGGCAGGUCAGUCUGGCUCAGUGCCCUAAAUAUGCUUCUAGUGAUGCGCUCAUGCAAUGAUAAUUGGGGACAGUUCCUGGUUUAGUUGGGACAUUGAGACAGGACCCAAAAAUCAGGACUGUCCCACCAAAAUCGGGACAGUUAGGAGGCAUGCAGUUUGCAAGUUAGACACUCAACACUUUCUCUUGGAUGUUUUUUUUUGCAAGCGUUAGGGAGGAUCUUAGAAAGAAAGUGCUUUCCGCAGGCUCUGGACACACAUGGACUAAAAUGUGGAAGGAUUAUGGACUUGGUAAAUAAAUUACCUGAUAAAAGUUUUAAGGUAAAACCAAUAAAAUGCUAUGAUUUCACUGUAGCUGCUUUUCUUUUCAGCACAUAUGAAUUGUAGAUACGGGUAAAGUAUAUGGCAAUUUGUUUACAGCAGGUUUUAGUCUUGCGGUUAACCAAAUAAGUGUCAGGAUUACAGUAUGAUCCAGCACGUAGAAUUGUGUAACACAGAGGACUAAUAGGUAACGUAUACUUAGAAUGGCUGGACUAAAGAAUAGUCAGGAAUAGCCAAGGUCAAGGGACACAGAAAGAGACACAAUGAUAAGGAAAAGCCAGAAAACAGGAAAGUCAGGGAUGCCAGAAAACAGGAAAGUCAAAAACAAUGCCAAAGUCAAAUUACCAGAAUAACCAGAAUCAAUAAUGCGCUCUCGGACAACCACAAGGGAAACCACAACAGGGCACUGAGUAGGAUGAAAACUGGGCCUAAAUACCCUUCCUCUGAUAGGCUGUAAUCGGCAUUUGACUCCAAUGGCAGUUACCAGGUUUCUCAUUUGCAUAAUUGCUGCUCAGCACAAACCCUCCUGUGAAUUUGAUUGCUGCUCAGCACAACUUUUCCUGUCAGGACAGUAAUGUUGCUCGGCACAACUUUUCCUGUCAGAACAGUAAAUGUCAUUAAUCACAUUUUUAUAUGCGGAUGAAUACGUCACAAUAAGGCUGUAUGCACGAUUCAACCAAAUAUACCCUCACUCGCAUCCAUGCCUGGUUUGGCCAUCGGGCAAAUGCACAGUUGAACCAAUAUGCUCAUUUUAAAGGGGGGAGGGAAGGGGCGUGUUUGUCAUUGGUAAUGACACAACAAAUUUCCUCUAUGUUCCCGUUUCCUUCUCACUGGGCCCUCGUGAUUAAAAAAUACCUGUGCUAAAAUUUUUUCCCAGUUUGGCCCUGCCCCAAUUGUUUUCUACACUUAACAAUGCACUUUCGUUGUGCAUUGUAGACAGCAUGUACUCAUCUUUUUAUCAGUGUACUGAAGGGCCGGCACCUCAUCCUGUCAUAAAGCUGAAAUGGAGCCUCUAUGGUUUUUGCCGCAUUUUAAUUUUGGGGGAAACCUCUGAUGGUAGCCUUCAUUCAUCAUGGAAGGAGAAGAUCCUACACAAUCUUGGGAAUCAAGGAAUCGUGGUGGGUCAAGAUGGCUAUUGUUCCUUUGAUAAAUGUGAAGUGCCCAGGUAUAGCCAGUAGUGCAUGCGCUUAAUACGUAAUAUUUAAUCCCAUAGAGUAACUGCUUUGAUACGAUAUAUCACUUACUUCCCUAGGGAUUCUACUAUGCACAAGUUUUUUUUUCAGGUAUGUAUUUUUUGGAAAACUUAUCAGACCGCUGUUUCAUAUGGGGCUGUAUAGCCUGUCAUAGAGUGGGUCAUUUCUACAAGGACACUAAGUGUGGUUAAAAUGGAAGAAUCACAACAUUUGCUCAUUUCUAUCCCUCUUCAUAAUCCCUAGAAAAAGUUGUUUUGUUUUUAUUAUACCUAUUCCUAAGGUCAGUGCUUGAAAUAUUUUAAUUUCUGAGAACUCGGUGGGGUAUUAGGUGUUUUUUCUUCUGUGUGUGUGGUGUGACUUGGGGUAUGUAUAGAGAUAUUGGUAGGCAUACAAAUUGCUCAAAAUAUGCAUAUUUCUCAACUUUGGUUUCUUGUGAAGUAGGAUGCCAGUUAGAGACGGAAAGGGGGUGGGCCAAUGAUGCAAUUAAUAGAAUUAUUACAAUUAUCUAACACAUUUGUGGAAAUACGGGGUACAAUGCCGUUUAGCUAAACCCAGUACAGCAAUAAUCCACCCUAUUUAGCGUAACCAACUACAUCUAUAAUAAAUCCUCAGAAACAAGCCAAGAUGAAAGCACCCAUAGAAAUGACAGGACAGAACAGCCUGGUGUGAAUUCACGCCAGGCUGCCUGCCAAACAAAUAGGCCACCCUACCAAGGACUGACCAUGCAGGGAGCACUGUUUCAGUGCUCUCUGCAGGGUCCUAACAAUCUGAGCAUAGAGCAAGUGCGUUAGGACCAAGGGAGAGGUUGAGAGGCCUAAAUUUGAUGUACAACAUAACAAGAUUAAAAUAAUUUACUGGCUCACAAACUUCAACGCUGGUUGUAAUAAAUGGGCAGUGAGGUUUGGGGGUACCCAGUUUUUAUCUGACACUGAAAGGCUUUCUGAGCACCUCCUUGUAGAUGGUGGUUCUCUAGUAGCGCCAUCACUAGAGGACUUGCUUAGGGGCUCUAUCUGGGGCUGCAAAAGUGGCACUGUCAGAGAUGUUAAAUGUUUCACUCUUUGAGCACAUUUGAAUGCCGUAAGCCUCUUAUGCUGUAAAGUAAUGUGCCCUGCAAUUCAGACUGAUUACAGUCAUUGGACAGCAGGAAAAGUGUUUUAAAAAAAAUAGAAAAUUAUUAAAACUGACAAAAAGUUAAAUAAAAAAGGAAAAAAAUCUGACCCCACACAAAAAAAACCCAACAACAAAUGAACAGUAAUAAUUGCACUAAUCACAGCAGUUAACACUGUUAUCCGCAUUUAAAGGGUUAAACAUAAGUGGGGUUUUUUUGCUUGUUUUUUUUUUUUUUACAGGAAAACAGUUUUUGUUUUUUUUAAUAAGUAGAUGAAUUCAAAGUGAAUUUCAAAUUUAAGGCCAGAGUAGCCAAACUGGAAGCCUAGCUGGCUUAGAGAUUUUUUUCUAGUCCUGCUAUUUUGAAAUUCACUUUGAAUUCUCACUUUAGUUCAAUACCCUGACUGUUAUUUACUAACGUGAGAAUUCAUAGUGAACUUGAAAUGUAAUGCCAGAGUAGCCAAAUUAAAAGCAUAGCUGAGCUGGAGAAUAUUUCCAGUUCACCUAUUUUGACUGUAAAGGAAGACUAUUGCUUUAGGAAUACAAAAGUGUAUUCCUAACGCUAUAGUGUUCUAGUAACUAUAGCUAUCCGUUGCCCCCUAAAUAGAAAAUUUACUCCAUACUUACCAAUAUUUUUGUUUCCUGGAUUUGGCCAUGGCAGUACUACGCAUGGGUAUAGCUCCUCCCAUUUCCAAAUUGGACAGGAACACCUCCUAAUUAAAAUAAUAAAAGAGAGAUGCCUCCCCCUACCCUUCAGUCUAAGUCCCAAGCCACAAACAAGAAACCAAAAAGAGCAGGACUGUAGUGCUGCCAUGGCCUAUAUCCAGGAAACGAAAAUAUUGUUAAGUAUGGAAUACAUUUUCUAUUUUCACAGAUAUAUUCAUGGCAGCACUACUGAUGGGUUAUACCCAAGCUUAAAUAUGUCAGGGUGGGAAACAAACAAAAACACUGUAACACGCAUUUAUUAUUUACAUUAAUUACAAUGCAGCUGAUAGAACGCUUCUUCCAAUUUCAGAGGUAAAGGAUCUGGCAACAUCCAACAGAUAAUGGUGAAUGAAGGUGUUGAAUGAGGACCAAGUUGCUGCUGAACAAAUAUGGUCAGGAGAAACAUUGGCUGCAGCUGUCCAUGAUCUGUGUAACCAACAGGACCAGAACCCCUGAGGCCUCAUACACCUGAGAAAUGGCUGUGAUUAUCCACCGUCCAGUAGUUUCUGUGGAAGCCGACUGACCUUUAUUAUGACCAUAAGGGAUGAUAAAAAGGCUAGAUGACUUCCUAUGAAUAGUCCAGGUGAAUCGAUAUACAACGGACCAAGACAAUGCCACCUCUUUUCUUCUUCAGAUGAAGGAUAAGGGAAGAAUGCUGGUAAGAUAAUAUCCUGGUUAACAUGAAAAGAAGACAUAACCUUAGGACGAAAAGUUGGAACAGUCCGAAGAACAACUAUAUCCUCUUGUCGAAGAAGGAAAGGAGAUUCACACGAAAGAGCCUGAAGCCUGAAAUUCUCAUGAUAUUCACGGCAGCACUACUGAUGGGUUAUACCUAAGCUUAAAUAUGUCAGGGUGAGAAAGAAACAAAAACACUGUAACACGCAUUUAUUAUUUACAUAAUUACAAUGCAGCUGAUAGAACGCUUCUACCAAACUCAGAGGUAAAGGUUCUGACAACAUCCAACAGAUAAUGGUGAAUGAAGGUGUUGAAUGAGGACCAAGUUGCUGCUGAACAAAUAUGGUCAGGAGAAAUAUUGGCUGCAGCUGCCCAUGAAGAGGCCAAUGAUCUGUGUAACCAAUGGCACCUGUACCCCUGAGGCCUCAUACACCUGAGAAAUGGCUGUGAUUAUCCACCGUCCAGUAGUUGCUGUGGAAGCCAAUUGACCCAUAUUAUGACCAAAAGGGAUGAUAAAAAGGCUAGAUGACUUCCUGAUGUCAGAUGAACAGUCCAGGUGAAUCGAUAUACAACGGACCAAGUCCAGAAAAUGACACCUCUUUUCUUUUUCAGAUGAAGGAUAAGGGAAGAAUGCUGGUAAGAUAAUAUCCUGGUUAACAUGAAAAGAAGACAUAACCUUAGGAUGAAAAGUUGGAACAGUCCGAAGAACAACUAUAUCCUCUUGUCGAAGAAAAAAAAGGAGAUUCACAUGAAAGAGCCUGAAGCUCUGAAAUUCUUCAACCUGAUGUAAGUGCCACCAGAAGGACUCUUUUCACUCUUAAAGUCAGUAACGCAGUAUUUUCCAAGGGCUCAAAUGGAGCACCAGACAAAGCUUGUGAUACAUGAGGCAAGUCCCAGGGAAGAGAGCAAGACUUCAGUGGAGGACAAAGUUUUAGGAUGGCGUAAAAGAAUCUUCCAAUAUCUGGUUUAAAUGCCAACUUUUGAUCCAAGAGGAUAGAGAGGGCUGAAAUCUUCACUUUUAAGGUGCUGAGGCUGAGACCUUUUUCAAAUCCAUCCUGAAGGAUAUUAUUUAUGCCUGGAAGUUGCAGAGAAAUUUUAUAAAUAGUACACCAACUGCAGAAAAUAAACUAUACGGUAAUAUGCCAAAGAAGUUGAUAUUUUCCUUGUUUUAAGCAAAGUUUAAACUACCGAUAUGGAGAAGCCUAUCUUUAAGAGUUGUUGCCUCUCAAUUUCCACACCAUUUACUUCAAAGUCUGGGGUGCAAGAUGGAGGACUGGACCUUGAUGGAGUAACUGGUGUUGGAGAGACAGAUCUAGAGGGAGAUCCCGAGAUAAUUUCUGUAACAGAGGAAAUCAUGGCCAUCUAGGCCAAUACAGAAUAACUGCUAUGAUGGUCACAUGUUCUUGUUGGAUUCUCUUCAGAAGAGAAAAUAUGAUAGGUGUUGGGGAAAUGCAUAUCCUAGAUGGAACCUCCACUCGCAGCAUAGUGCAUCCCUGUCUUCCGCCAAAGGGUUGAAGAAUCGCGAGAAGAACCUUCUUACCUUGCUGUUUUGGGAUGUUGCCAUCAGGUCUACUUGUGGAAGGCCCUAUUUCUGGACUAUGCACUUGAAAGCUUGGGAAGAGAGGGCCCAUGCCACUCUUCUUAGAGAAUCUGCCAGCUGGUUGUCAUUGCCAGGUAGAUAGACUGCCUUGAGGCCCUUCAUAUUCUUUACCCAUUGAUGUUUCAGAGAGGGAAACCGGAGAAGCGCUUGGAAUACAGCCUGUAAUUCCAAGAUGUUUAAAGAUUGGUGUUUCACUCUGUUUUUCCAAAUACUCUGGAUGUGAUGGGUAUCCAGGAGUGCACUCCAACCGGAUUGACAGGUACAGUAAGUGAAAAAAAGUAUUUAAUCCCCUGAUUUUGAACGUUUGCCCAUUGACAAAGAAAUAAUCAGUCUAUAAUUUUAAUGGUAGGUGUAUGUAACAGUGAGAGACAGAAUAACAAAUCCAGAAAAACGCAUGUAAAAAAGUUAUAAAUUGAUUUGCAUGCCAUGAGUGAAAUAAGUAUUUGCCCCCUUCGACUUAGUGCUUGGUGGCAAAACCCUUGUUGGCAAUCACAGAGGUCAGACAUUUCUUGUAGUUCGCCACCAGGUUUGCACACAUCUCAGGAGGGAUUUUGUCCCACUCCUUUUUGCAGAUCCUCUCCAAGUCAUUAAGGUUUCAAAGCUGACGUUUGGCAACUCGAACCUUCAGCUCCCUCCACAUAUUUUCUAUGGAAUUAAGGUCUAGAGACUGGCUAGGCCACUCCAGGACUUUAAUUUGCUUCUUCUUGAGCUACUCCUUUGUUGCCUUGGCUGUGUGGUUUGGGUCAUUAUCAUGCUGGAAUACCCAUCCACGACACAUUUUCAAUGCCCUGGCUGAGGGAAGGAGGUUCACACCCAAGAUUUGACGGUACAUGGCCCCGGUCAUCGUCCCUUUGAUGUGGUGCAGUGAUCCUGUUCCCGUAGCAGAAAAACACCCCCAAAGCAUAAUGUUUCCACCUCCAUGUUUGACGGUGGGGAUGGUGUUCUUGGGGUCAUAGGCAGCAUUCCUCCUCUUCCAAACACGGCAAGUUGAGUUGAUACCAAAGAGCUCGAUUUUGGUCUCAUCUGACCACAACACUUUCACCCAGUUCUCCUCUGAAUCAUUCAUAUGUUCAUUGGCAAACUUCAGACGGGCCUGUACAUGUGCUUUCUUGAGCAGGGGGACCUUGUGGGCGCUGCAGGAUUUCAGUCCUUCACGACGUAGUUUAUUACCAAUUGUUUUCCUGGUGACUAUGGUCCCAGCUGCCUUGAGAUCGUUAACAAGAUCCUCCCGUGUAGUUCCGGGCUGAUUCCUCACUGUUCUCAUGAUCAUUGAAACACCAUGAGAUGAGAUCUUGCAUGGAGCACCAGACCGAGGGAGACUGACAGUUAAUUUGUGUUUCUUCCAUUUACGAAUAAUCGCACAAACUGUUGUCACCUUCUCACCAAGCUGCUUGGCGAGGGUCUUUUAGCCCAUUCCAGCCUUUUGUAGGUCUACAAUCUUGUCCUUGACAGCUCCUUGGACAGCUCUUUGGUCUUGGCCAUGGUGGAGAGUUUGGAAUCUGAAUGACUGAUUGCUUCUGCGGACAGGUGUCUUUUAUUCAUGUAAUGAGCAGAGAUUAGGAGCACUCCCUUGAGAGUGCUCCUAAUCUCAGCUGGUUACCUGUAUAAAAGACACCUGGGAGCCAGAAAUCUUGCUGAUUGAUAGGGGAUCAAAUACUUAUUUCACUCAUUGACAUGCAAAUCAAUUUAUAACUUUUUUGAAAUGCAUUUUUCUGGAUUUCUUUUUGUUAUUCUGUGUCUCACUGUUAAAAAUACACCUACCAUUACACCCUGGUCCAAAUUAUUAUGCAAAUGAUAUUUUUCUAAUUUACCUAAAUAAUUUAUGUAAAUAACAGUCAGCAUAAUUCUCAUGUUAUCAACUAUUGAGUACAAUUCAAAUUUUACUGAACAAACCUCCUAAUGAUAACAGUAUUUUUUUAAACAUAAAAAACUUACAAUGCACUGUUCCAAAUUAUUACGCACAGUAAGUUUCAAAACACUUUAUAGGUUGUAAAGAAAUGAAAAUUGUCAUUUGUUGUGUUUGCAGCAUAUUUACUGAAAUCAAAAGCUAUUUCAAUCAAACUUAUAACAACAUUUUAACUUUUUAAACAUUCUAACAGGUCACGUUACAUUUUAACAUAGGACCCCUUAUUUGACAGCAGCUUCACAAGUCUUGCAUCCAUUGAACCUGUGAGUUUUUGGACAGUUUCUGCUUGAAUUUGUUUGCAAGAUGUCAGAAUCCCAGAGCUGCUGUUUGGAUGUAAACUGCCUCCCACCCUCAUAGAUCUUUUGCUUGAGGAUGCUCUAAAGGUUCUCAAUAUGAUUGAGGUCAGGGGAGGAUGGAGGCCACACCAUGACUUUCUCUCCUUUUAUCCCCAUAGCAGCCAUUGAUGCAGAGGUAUUCUUUGCAUCAGGUAUUCUUUGUCAUGCAUGAAGAUGACUUUAUUACAGAAAGCAUAGUUCUUCCUUCUGUACCAGGGAAGAAAGUGGUCAGUCAGAAACUCCACAUACUUUGCAGAGGUCAUCUUUACACCUUCGGGGACCCUAAAGGGGCUGACCAACUAUCUUCCCAUGAUUCUGGCCCAACACAUGACUCCACCACCGCCUUGCUGACGUCGCAGCCUUGUUGGAACAGGGUGGCCGUCCACCACGCAUCCACUAGUCCAUCCAUCUGGACCAUCCAGGGUUGCACGGCACUCAUCAGUGAACAGGACUGUUUGAAAAUUAGUCUUCAUGUAUUUUUCUGCCCAAUGCAGCCAUUUCUGCCUGUGAGCAUUGGUUAGUGGUGGCCGAAUAGAAAGUUUAUGCACAGUUGCAAGACUCUGGAGGUCUACACUUUGAUGUCCGUGGGACUCCAGAGGCAUCAGCAGCUUCAAAUAUCUGUUUGCUAUGUAAUGGUAUUUUAGCAGCUACUCUCUUGAUCCGAUUCAUGGAUAUGGCAGAAAUCUUCCUUAAUGUGCCUUUAUCUGCACGAACCCGUCUGUGCUCUGAAUCAGCCACAAAUCUCUUACUAGUGCGAUGAUCACGCUUACGUUUUCGUGAAAUAUCUAAUGUUUUCAUACCUCGUCCAAGGCAUUGAACUAUUUCACUCUUUUCGGCAGUAGAGAGAUCCUUUUUGUGGAAUGUGGAACACCCUCGCUUAGUAGUUUUUCCUUAAAUUGGGCUCACCUGGUAAUCUAAUUAUCACAGGUGUCCAAAAUAGUUUUCAGUGAUCAAAAGAGCCCUGAGACACAAUGCCAUCCAUGAGUUAAACUGAAAAACAAAAUAUUUAAUUUUUGUGACACUUAAAUAGAAUUUGCAUAAUAAUUUGAAACAGGGUGUAAAUUCAAAUACUGGUAGAGGAACUCUCUUUGAGGAAUUCUCAUGUGCCACUGUCACCAUCUCAUAAGCCCUAUUGUUGAUGAUAGGCUAUCUAAAAGGCUUACGACUUCCCUUGCUGUAACUGACUGGCAGGGAGAGAGAUGGAAAAUUUUCGGCUGAAUUUUUUUACCUCUGUCCAAGACUAGAGCUACCAGUGCUUUUGCUGUAUCAAACUAGGUACACCAUUACUUGGGAUGGAGAUAGCUGACUUUUCUUGAAGUUGACUAUCCAGCCGAACUUCUGGAGAAGGAGAAGAAUUCGAUGGAGACUCAGUUGAUGUUUGUUGUUGGAGAUGACAAGAAUAUUGUACAAGUAAUGGUAAAUUGCUAUGCCUUCCAAACGAAUAUGAGCAAUUAAGGAAAUCAGAAUCUUCGAGAAGGUUCUGGGUGCAGUGCUUAGGCCGAAUGGAAGAGACCAGAACUGGUAUCUGAGGAAUUUCUGGUGAGGAAUGGCGAUAGGCACAAGUAGGCACCACAAAGAUCUAUGGAGAUCAUCCAAUCCCCUGGAGAGACCACUUUGAUGAUGGAACUGAUGGAUUCCAUCUUUUUUUUUGACAGACAAUCCUUCGUUGAAAUCGUGAAGAUCCAAUAUUGGCCUCCACUGCCCUGAUUCUUUUGGAGUUAGAAAAGGUUUUCAGUAAUACCCCAAUAUUUUUUCUCUUGAUGGAAGAUGACAAAUGACUCCGUCUGCAAGGAGAGAGGUCACAAAGUCAUGGAGCGCGUUUGGUUUUUCUGGAUCUUGAGGAAUUCUGGUCUAGGCAAGGAAUGUUGGAGAACCUGUAUUUAUAAUUUUAAGACCCACUUGUCUGGAAUAUUUUGAACCCAGAUCUCAGAGAAGUUUAGAAGUCUUGGUCCCCUAGACUGGACUGGUGCUCCAUCAAAACUGUCUGGACUGUCUGGUACUUCCACCUCUCCCUCAAUAAUUUUUUGAGGAGGAGAAACCCCCUUUCCAUGUUUUGGUAUCCGUAACGUCUAUAAUCUUUAUCACGAAAGGAACGUCUGUCUUUUGGAAAGGACCUCCUUUGUCUAUCCUGAGGAAGAAAAGCUUAACGUCAUUCCAUUGCCCUUAUAAUGCAUUCGUCUCAAUGCUUUCCAAAAAGCAUAUCCCCUUGAAAUGGAAGGGCACAUAAGCUGUUCUUGGAAGCUAAGUCUGCCAACCAAUUUCUAAGCCACAAUGCACAUCUUGAGGCUACUUACAGGACCAUGCUUUUAGAUAGGGCUCUGACCAAAUCAAUGGAAGCAUCAGAGAAGAAUUCAAUGGCCAUUUUGAAAUUCCUUAAAGUAUCUAGAAUUCUAGAUCUCCUGACCCCAUGGGAAAUAUCCUCUUCGAGGUCUUCCGACCAUUGCUUCAAGGCCCUAGAGACAGAUGUCAAAGCCUCAGCUGGAUGAAGCCCAGAACCAGAGAUAAUAUAGGCAUUACACAAAUUGGCGCCCAUCCUACGAUCCAUUGACUCUCUAAGUGAUCCAGCAUGGUCAAUCCGUAAGGUAGUCUUUUUGGCCAGACAAAUAAUAGCCGCAUCAACUUUGGGAGCUGAAUCCCAAGGAGCAUAAUGGAUAAAGCUUAGAAAGCCGACCUUGCAAGGAGACUUUCUUUUCAGUCUUCCUCCAUUCCUCCUUAAUCAAUUCCUCGAUUGUUUCAUGAAAUGGAAAAGUAGGGUUCCUUUCCUUAGGUCUGCAAAAUGCUUGCUAGAGUUCGGCUGCUCCUCUGUCUUAUCCCUUAAUUCAAGGAUGUCACAAACUGCCUUAAUCAUCCAUAUUAGGGACAUUCUAGCUUAGUGGGUCUGGCACAUCCAGCUGCUACCUAAUUUGUCACUGCAGCAUAUGCUCCCCUGUUGGUAAGGGAAGACUCCUCUAGGGGGUCGCCCUUGGUGAGGCGCAGUAUCCUGGGGCUUCCAUUGGAAGAGAGGCGGAACCCAACCAUUGGAUCGGGGUACAGGAGUACCAAGUAAGCCACAAAAGAAAAAAUUAGGUGCAAAUGUAGGGGAAGGCGUCUCUCUUUUAUUAUUUUGAUUAGGAGGUGAUUCUGUCCAAUUUGUAAGCGGUAGGAGGUAUACCCAUCUGUAGUGCUGCCAUGGAUAUAUCCAGGAAAUAGUUUUACAUACUUUACAAGGAUUCUCCAUCCUUUUUCAUGUUUAUUAGAAUAAUUUCCUAUUAGCAUUUUUCUAUAUGUCCACCCCUAAAAAAGCAUUUUAAAAUAUUUUUUUAAUUUGAAUUCACUUUUCUCACUAAAUAAACCUGUGGAGGUCUAAUACAGACACACUCACAGUGAGAUGCAUUAAUUCACACACACAAAUUAACACAUAUUCUGUGACAUAUGAUGUAUUUAAUGCAUUGAUUGGUGAUUGACUCUAACCCUUUGGAGAGGUGUUGGCUUUUUCUGUGUAAUAUGCCCCAUUAGACAGUAUAGAGAAGGUCUCCUCUCCGUUUGCAAUAAAACCUGUAAAAAAAAUUUCACCUUGAAUAAUCCGGCGCCGUACGAAGCUCCCGUGCCCCCUCCAAUGUCACAGGUGUCACUUGCGGUCCAAUUACAGAUUUGACACAUUACCUGCUCAGAGCGAAUGCACAUGGUCCGAGCCAGCAUGGGCAAAAGUGGGGAAGAGGAGGGAGGAUUUUUUUUUAAUAAAGAAAAGUCUGCAACAGAGGAAAGCGGGAGGGAGAAUUGACAUUUGCAGCCCACCAGAACAGAGUGCAUAUAAACUUGAAACACUAACCAUACAUGCUCUUAACACCAUAACCACUUCAAAUCAAUAAAGUGGUUAUGGUGGUAUUGUAACUCUUUAAAGUGAAAAUGUUAUAAUAGGUUCACUAUAAGGGAGUACAAAGGUGAAUCCAUGUAUUAAAGGGAGUGAUAUGGAUUAAUGAGCACCUUUCCCCCUUAUAUCCUGUGUCACGCUAUACAGUUGAUUGAGUAAUGUCAGGAUGCUCUAUUAUAACAGCUGGCCUAUGAUCCUGAUUUGUAUCCUCUUGUUCCCCCCCCCCCCUGCACUCCAUAUCCUGUUAACACCUUGUCUUUAUAACUGUUGGAAAGUGUUUGUUUAAUCAAGUAACAUCUUUUGACCAGCUAAUGCCAAAUGUGCUUGAAGUUCUUUUAAUAUGCAAUUGACAGGACAUGACUGUAUUAUGUGAAGACUAGAGAUGUCGCGAACUGUUCGCGAACUGUCCGCCGGCGAACAAUAGCGUGUUCGCGUUGGGCGAACAUAUCCGAUUUCCGGUCCGCCCCCUAUACGUCAUCGAGUAAACUUUGACCCGGAACCUCACAGUCAGCAGACACUUCCUGGGAGGGAGGGUCUGCUGCUGAUUGGGUGGAAUGUGUCUGCUGGCUGUAAGGUUCCGGGUCAAAGUUUACUCAAUGAUAACGUAUAGGGGGCGGACCGGAAAUCGGAUAUGUUCGCCCAACGCAAACACGCUAUUGUUCGCCGGCGGACAGUUCGCAAACAGUUCGGCGGACAGUUCGCGACAUCUCUAGUGAAGACAACUCCUUUUUGGAUGUGUAUAGAAUUUUGUUAUAAGAUCUGUGUUUUCCCCAUUAAAAUUAGGAGCAGUAUUUUGUCAUACACUUGUGUGAACGAGUACUGCCCUCUGAGCUUGUAUUUCUGCUGUGUCCAUUCCUUGUCUUCAUACCUGAGAGAAAACAUUGCUGUCUGCUGAAUUUAACCCCUUAAGGACACGUGUGACAUGUCAUGAUUCCCUUUUAUUCCAGAAGUUUGGUCCUUAAGGGGUUAAACCACAACAGGGAGUAAGUGCAUAGCUAAAAGCUCAACCUGGUAACUACAAACCUGAGACCUUAACAUCUGUGCUUUGGAAACUAUUUGAAGGACAAACUUUAGGUUAAAUUGGAUGGCUACUGAAAAAUUCACUAGCUCAGCAAUAGUUGCAUUUUGGCUACUUGAGCCUCAAAUUCGCCACACUGAUAUAAGCUUAGCAAAUGAUCCAAUACACUUUCCAAAUUAUUUAUCUACAACAAUCACCAUUAACAUCUAUGGGGUUUAUUUUUGUAGAUAAAACAUUUAAAGUUUUUCCAACAGUACUGAAUUACUAGUAAAGCAUAUUAAACCGCUUGAGUCCAUGCUAUUCGGCGUGCAGCUAGUAAUCCUGCUCUUGCUGUUACAGGCAUGGUUACAGGUCCCCUCUAACCUGCCGGAGGGGGCGGGUCUAACGCGACGAUGAUGCAAAGCUUUGAUUUGACGUCACCGGAAGUACGGGAAGCGGAAGUGCUGAAAUCGCCAUAUUGAUAGUGAUACAGCACUGAGCUUUAUGCCAGCUCUCACUUUCAUUUUGUAUUGUUAGUUUGUCUAUUGAAGAUGUAUAUGUCGGCUGCUCCUCAAGCCUACGCUCCGGCCGGCGGUAAAAUGGAGUAUCACUACACCGGCCCAGUCGAACAUCGUUUCAGCCCUUACACGUUUAACGGAGGGUAAGAGUCUGUCUGUCUCCUGCACUCCCGGCCGGCUGGCUGGCUGGUGAUUAGCUCCAGCAUGGCUGCUGUGCCGGGCUCUGCAUGCCGCCAAUAUACAGAGCGUCUCCUGCUGCCCCAUUCUCACCGUUGGGGGGACUCCGCUCUCUGGCUGCUCCUGGGAGUGAGGGUUAAAUGGUGCGAGCAAGCCCGGUACCCCCGGCAUGUCACUGCAGACACCCACCGAGCUGGGCGGUCAGUCAGUAUCUCACACACAAUGUUAUUUCCUAGUGCUCACUACGCAGGGAUAGGCAACCUUCCGCACUCCAGAUGUUUUGGACUACAUCCCCCAUAAUGCUCUUACACCCAUAAUGCUGGCAAAGCAUCAUGGGAGGUGUAGUCCAAAACAUCUGGAGUGCCGAAGGUUGCCUAUGCCUGCUAGGGUUUCAUGGACUUGGUACACUUCAUAGAGCCAUGGUUCUAAUGCACACCUUAAUGGUUUCUCUACUUUAUUAAUGGUUACCUCAACCCUAUUUAAUGUGUUUUAAUACAAAAUGCCUUACUGGGUCAACCACCACUCUUCAGUAUAAAGUAAUCUCGAAUUCAGCACAGGAUAGAACUCCCAUUGCUGGAUUCCACACCCUGACUUCUGACUAUUCAGCCUUAAUCUCUUUGAUCCAAUCAAAACUUUGCUUCACGGUUUUCUCAGUUCAUAGCACAAGCUCUAAGCCAGGAACGAAGGAGAGACAAAAAAAAAAUGGAGACUCACUAUAUGUUGCCUGCAAGAGGAGAAGCUGACUGGGUCUGUCAACUGUGCGCUGCAGACAGACAUUUUUUACACAGAAUUGACAUUACGCAACCCAGAACUCACAAAAUUGCAAAUAUCUCCAACAGUGCAACAUUUCAAGCAUUCCUACCACCGUGACCACUUCUAAAAGCAUAAAUGGCCAUGGUGGUUGGAGUAACCCUAAUUUCACAUCCACUUGAAUUGUUGCUUGAGAGGGAUGCCUACGUAUAGCUAAAUUUGCCUAUAAACUGCCCAGGACAAUCCCAGUUAUAAUGUUGGCACUUAUAAAAGGAAUAAUCCAAACACACAAAAGAACACUACAGGGUUAGGACAAAGCUGUAAUGCUAUAGUGUUUUCCUCUGCAUUACAUUUAAGGGCCCAUUUCCUACAUCAAUCUAAAUAAAUAGAAGAAAGGGUUUUGCUAACUUUUUUUUCUUUCUUUUUUUCUCAUCAUUGAGACCCAGUUCUAGUAACCAAUCAUUCUGCCUUCUGCAGCAUCACAUACUUUUUUUUUUUUUUUUUUUCCUAUCAAUUCUAAUGCUCUUGAUUAAAGGACAACUAUAGUGCCAGGAACACAUACUCGUUUUCCUGGCACUAUAGUGCCCUGAGGGUGCCCCCACCCUCAGGGACCCCCUCCCGCCCAGCUCUGGAAGGGGGAAAGGGGUUAAAACUUACCUUUUUCCAGCGCUGGGCGGAGAGCUCUCCUCUGCGCCUCCGAUCCGCAGCGUCGGCUGAAUGCGCACACGCGGCAAGAGCUGCGCGCGCAUUCAGCUGGUCGCAUACGAAAGCAUUAUCAAUGCUUUCUUAUGGACGCUGGUGUGCUCUCACUGUGAAAAUCACAGUGAGAAGCACGCAAGUGCCUCUAGCGGCUGUCAAUGAGACAGCCGCUAGAGGCUUUGGGGGAAGGCUUAACCCAUUGAUAAACAUAGCAGUUUCUCUGAAACUGCUAUGUUUAUAAAACAAUGGGUUAACCCUAGCUGGACCUGGCACCCAGACCACUUCAUUAAGCUAGAGUGGUCCUUUAAGGAGCAGUGGGAACAAAAAGCGCAUCUGCAGCCAGUGUCACGCUCUUCCAAUCAAAUGGAGGUUAGCUGUGAGAACAGUUUUUCACUCUAUCAGCAGAAGAGCCUCCUUGGCUCCCUGGAAGACAGCCACAAAGGGUGCCUUUAGCCCUGCAGUGUAAGCAUUCUUAUCUAUUAAACCUCAGUCUUUUAUAUUGCAGGGAUAAAGCUAAAGGACCAUUGCAUCCACAUCGGUUCUUUUUGAGGAUUAAAGAUUGCUAAAGUGCUUUGUGUUCAUUUUAUUUUUCUUAUAAUACAGCAAAAAAAUCCAUUCUUAUCUCUCCCUAGUUAUACUUUUCCAGCUAUCAGAGAGCUGUGAGAAUUGUCUUCUUCACACGAUUUUAGCACUUGCUUAAAGUGUCAGUGAUGACUUUUUAUAGAGACUCAUUGGAAACAUUGCUUCUCCAUGAGAAGCAUUCUGUCAGUGGAGCAUGGAAAUUGCCACACAUGCGCCAUUGGACUGAUCCAUAACUAGGCUGUAGGCCAAUGUUGAUGUCCUGAAGGAGGUACUGCAAGGAAGUUAUGUCAGCUAACCCAGAGUUAACUACGACUUGUUGCAGUCCUAUAGCCAAUGUGUAGCGGAAAGGUAUGAAGCGGCUCUAUACAAAUGGUAGUUGAUACUCUCAAUGUAUAAAGUAUGAACUUCCGCUUUACAAUACAAGUGCAGAAUGGAAGUACCAACAAAGCAAGUGUCAAUUUGAUGGUGCGAGGGAAUUCCUGGCACUAUUACCACUAGAGCAUUAUGCAGUUUGACUAUCCCUUUAAUGCACACUUUUACUGGUUUGUUUACGUGGUACUGUCGUUAAAAGAAAUGUUUAUUUUCUUUAAUGCAUUUGCACAGCUUGUCAUUAGUUGACUUGAAACACUGCUUUUACUUCCUUUUUAAUCCAGUGUGCAUUUUCUUUUUUUCUUCACAGUACAGUGCUGGCUCUUGCAGGUGAGGAUUUUGCUCUUGUUGCCUCUGACACAAGACUGAGUGAGGGAUACUCCAUUCACAGCAGGGAUACACCAAAAUGCUACAAAUUGUGAGUUACGUAACGUAUGUAGAUGUUUUCUGUAUACCCUUACAUUUGAUAAAGAAGUAUUUUGGCAUUAAGGGACAUUGAUAAGGAGGCAGGCUUAUGGUCCAGCGUUCAGCAAAACAUUUAUUUGUACUAAAACUAAAGAACCUAGCAUACAAGAAAAUGUAUCAUAUUAAUACAAAAAACAAGUACUGCUCUCAAACUCCCAUCACUCCUGGGCAGCAGCAAUGACCAUAGUACACAUCAGCCCCAAUGCAUACAGUAAAAACUAAAGAAAAAAGUUACCUGUGCUCUUCCCAAAUCCCUAUGCAUAUUUCAUCAAAUGGAGGUUAUUUAGUUUCUCCAAUUGCCAUGAGAGACUUUACACAAGCAUAUGAUACUGCACUCAAAAAAUGCUGUUUUAGAAAGAAAAAUCCUUUUAGUUGCCUAUUACCAGUGGACGAUUAUAUCAAAACAAUAAGUGAAAUGUACUCAAGGCAAAGUGAGAUGUGUAGUAAAUAACCUGUCCCUUUAAUGCAAAAAGCUUUCAAGAUUCAGAGAAGGCGACGGCCCCUAGUAAGUUGUCAAACCGUUGGCAAAGGGGAUUUUAAAAGCUAGUCAAUGAGAUGAAGCAAUUAUCGCUUUCCAGUCCACUUACAUUUUUGGUCUAAUCACAGUAUUCAUUCAAGCGGCACUGUCAUGCUGAACUUAUCUUUCCCCAAUCGCUUCCUCUUCUAUCCCUCUCUCAGGAUCUGUUCUUCAUUUCUUCCUAUCUGCUCUAGUUUUCUUUAAAACAUAACACAAAGUAGGGACUAUUUUAUCAUAUGUAUUUUUCCUACGCUUGACCAGCUUUGACCCAAGGGAGGAGCAAAGUCCGCGCUAUUUCCUGUGGUCAAAGCAAUAUCCCCACAAUUCUCACAUUCCACCUGUUGCUUCAUUCGGCGUUUGAACGCCGGCAAAACCACCAAAUUUCGUCCUAACAGAAUGAGAACGGUUUGUCCAUUUGUGUCAGGACGCAAUUCGGUUGGAAUUUCAUUUAAAUUGGGAGCUAUCUACUAAAAGGCUGAAAUACCUAAAUUAGUCUCUCAGCCAAAUUUACUAAUACUAAGUAAAGAUUAAUUAGUAAUCUACACUUACUUGCUAUACUGUGAGUAGGGGCAUGUCUAUUAAACAGUGAACACAGCCAGUGGCUGCUAACUGUUGUAAAAAAGACACCCCCACUACUUUUAAUAAAGUGCUCAUUAGUGGGGCACCUAUAAAAAUAAUUAACGGGGGACCUAGUGUCCUCCCUCUGUCCCCACCCAUGCGCGGCGGAUGGGGCCCUAAGACACAAUAGUGGGAAAAGACCUACUGUCCUGGCCACCACUCAACAGGAGAAAAUAAAAUUGGUAAUUACCUUUUAAACUUUCUGUGUGUGUGUCUGUUUAGGUACCUGCCCGCCUCCAAUCGCACGAGAGAAGUGUUUUUCCUCACCUUUUUUCCCGUGCCCAUUUCUCUGUGGCUGGUCCUGUCUCAAUGGCUGAAAUAAUCAGUCGUUAUGAUCUCCGCUAAGGAAGGAUAUCGCGCAUGCGCAGCAAAAGAAUCAGCAUCUCCAUGGGGAACAUUCAGCGCCUCCAUACAGAGCGUGGAGACGCUGAAUGUAGCUGAAAACCACCAAUUACUCUCUAGUGGCCAUCUGAGUGACUGUUACUAGUCAGCAAUGUAAACACAUGCAUUCUAUGAAAAGGCAGUGUUUACAUUGAAAGGUCUGCAGGUACAGGCUAUAAAUACCAGAACAACUACAUUAAGCAUUGCAUUUAAAAAAAAAAAAAAAAAAAAAAUUAAAACUUAAAAUUAGUUUGGCUCCUAGAUUCUAAACAAAUUUGGCAAGCCCUGGUAAUAUCUAAAAGGCAAAUAACAGACCAGUGGCAAGCUCAUAUCUUCUGCUACAGAAGAUCACAGUAGCAUACAGUGAUUAAAUGGCUUGGCUAAUUAAAGUUUUUAACUUUCAAAGUACAUAUAUGGUACUACAGUGCAAUAAUUGUUAAAAACCAUAAAUUUUCAGAUAACUCUUUUUUUUUUAUUAUUUAUUUAUUUUUAAAAUAAAAGAAAAUGAACCACUGUGGUACAAGCAGUUUGAUGCUGCUGCACUGCUACAUAGGAUCAAGGCAACAGUGAUCAAAUAAUUAGUAGAAAUAUAGUUUAACUUUAAAAAUAUAAACGUUGCAGUACCAGCAAUAUAGUGCACUGACACUGUCAGAAAUGAUCAGUACAAAAAAGGGCAAAAAUAUAGGAUCAAAAGUAACAAAAAAAGUUAGUGCCAGAGGCUGCAACAUUGCCAUAGAUGAUCAUGGUAAGAGUGAUCAGAUAGCUAAAAUAAUCGUUCAACUUUAAAAACAAAUGGGGAAAAAUGUGAUUCACAGAACUACAAAAUGAACCCCUACAACACCUGUGAGUCUCUACGGAUUAGUACUGCAGUAGCUGAUCUUUGUUUACACUGGUGAUCAGUAAGGAAAAUGGGGAAAAUAUAACUUUAAAUUAUGUAUUUCUAGCACUGGAUACAUUGGAGCACUUUGACACAAGUCUCUCUGCUCCUCUGUAUCAAACUAGCAAGUGAAAAUUAGAGAGAGAUGCAAAGCAAGAUGUGCGCAAUGUGGUUGAGGUCAUUGGCUUUCACAGCAAUCACUUGCUACUAACAGACUACUGGCUGUUACUGUUCUGCCUGGCUUGUCAGCUCACGCUCUCAGCCAAGUAGCGUCGCAGCUCCCUGGCAGCACUCCAUGCUUCCUGAAAGUGAAAUUUCAGAAGCUGGAUUUAGCCUUGGCGUGGAGUGCAGAUUGGCGCUGGAGGCAACUUUGGGGUUAAGCCAUUGGAGAAAGAUUUAUCCCUUUUGAGGUAAGACUACGCUGGGUGCAUCCUGACACCAGAACAACUUCAUUUAUAUGAAUUUGUUAUGGUGCCUGGAGUGUUCCUUUAGUCUUCAACUGCAUUUUUUUUUUUUUUUUUUGGUUAAGUAAUCCGUGUUUAGAUGCACCUCUACUCCUUUUCCAUCUCCCUUUUUUUUUUUUUUUUUUUUUUUUUUUUUUACCCAGUCAUUCCUGUACACAAUUGUAGGUCAUUUACCUAUUUUUUUUUAUUGCAUUUUUCAGAACUGACAAAACUGUUAUUGGAUGCAGUGGAUUCCAUGGGGACUGCCUUACACUUACAAAAAUAAUUGAAGCUAGGUUAAAGGUAAGUUUCGUGUUUGAUCAAAAUUACUUAAGUAUCUUUUUAACGUUGUCUGUUGUUUUGGGGUUUUACCUUCUUGUUUAUAAUUUAUUAAAAUACAUUGCUUACCAAUAUAUUUAUUCUUGUAGUUUAUAAAUCGUGUUGUAGAAUACUCUUUAUUUAAAAAAAAAAUAAAAAAAAAUAAAAAAUCAAUUUUGCAAAAACAUAAUCUUUGCUUAACGUAUUUGUCUUGUCUAUUAAAUUUAGAUGUACAAGCAUUCAAACAACAAGACGAUGACUAGUGGAGCCAUUGCAGCAAUGUUGUCAACCAUUCUUUACUCGCGACGCUUUUUUCCUUAUUACGUAUAUAAUAUAAUUGGGGGCCUUGAUGAAGACGGUAGGAAUGUGUCACAUAAUUGUUAAACUAAGAAUACAUAUUCAAUGACAUCUGUUGUGGAACACACAAAAAAAAAAAACACAACUUUGGUAGAAUUUGUUGGUAGGUUGUGUGUUAGUAUUUUUAUGUUUUUCAUUAGUGUGUGCUCUGUGUUAACAUUGUUAAUCAUGAUCCGCUACAAAGAAUAAAUGACCCAUAUAUCUUAUUUAUGCACAAUCUGGUGUAUAUAAAGAACUUGACACAAAUGCACUCAUGAAUUCAUAAACAAACUCCACACAUGCAUGCUUUUUUAAUAUAAGGCCUAACUAGCAGAUGUUAUAAAAGUAAGUUAAAGGACCACUAUAGUGCCCUGAGGGUCCCACUCCCGUGGCGCUGAAGAGGGACUAAGGGGUUAAUCUCUUGCCUCUUUUCCAGCGCCGGGCUCCCUCGGCACUGGGACUCUCCUCCCUCUUCUGAUGUAAUCAGCUGAAUGCGCAUGCGCGGCAAGAGCCGCGCGCGUAUUCAGCCAGUCUCAUAGGAAAGCAUUCUCAAUGCUUUCAUAUGGACGCUGGCGUCUUCUCACUGUGAAAAUCAGUGGGAAGUGCCUCUAGCGGCUGUCAAUGAGACAGCCACUAGAGGCUGGAUUAACCCAUAGGUAACAUAGCAGUUUCUUAAGCUGAAGUGGUCUGGGUGCCUGUAGUGGUCCUUUAAGUCAGUAAGUUAUCAAAAACGCAUUGAGACAUUAAGCUUAAACAAAAAAGGCCACUUUCAUUUAAAAACUGAGGUGUUUUCAAAACUUUUGACGGGUGUUUUCUGUAUGGUGUUUAUUUGCAGUACAGUACAGGAGACACAGUAUGUUCGGCUGAUUGCCAUUUCCCUUCAGCACUGUGAUCAUAAUGGAAUUUUGAGAAAAUAUAUAUAUAUAUAUAUAUAUAUAUAUAUAUAUAUAUAUAUAUAUAUAUAUAUAUAUUAUAAUUUUUUUUAUUUAUUUAUUUUUAUUCCCCUGCUCACUUACAUGGGGUUGUCUAGGUUAAUCUGGGCAGCCCUGCCAUAUCCCAUAUUGAAAGCAUGUCUUUUUCAGCUUUCAUGAAUGCUUCUCAGAGAUUAUAUUCAGGUGUCAUUUAUUUUAUAACUGGUAUGUCACUGUGCAUGGAAAUAUGAAUAUUUGCCCGGUCUGGCAAAUAGAUUUGAAAUCUUAUGGAAGUUAUGGCUUUCAUAUGAUCAGUUGUUAAUAUUUUAUAUAAUGGUUUAAUCCUUUUAAGUGCACUAUUAAAAAAAUACCUUGAAUGCAAAUUAUGGAAUCAAGACAAUUGACUAAAACUAUAUAUUUUUUUUUUUUUUUCACUUUUAUUCUCAAAGGUAAAGGAGCAGUUUACAGUUUUGACCCAGUUGGAUCAUACCAGAGAGAUACCUACAAAGCGGGUGGGUCUGCAAGUGCUAUGCUCCAACCCCUACUUGAUAACCAGGUACGCAAUGUAGCAAUUCUAUAACAAAAAGUGCUUAUUGGGGCAGUGUGUGUGUGUGUAUGAAUUAAGUCUAUGGACUUGGUGUUCUUACCAGGGUGGACAAAAAUUGAUAAUUUAAAAAUAAAAUAAAAACUUGGACACUACAUAUCAAACAUUACUUGUACACUCACGCAAAAUAGUUUUUAUAUAUCACCCAUUGCACAGCGCUACAGAAUCUGAUGGCGCUAUAUAAAUAAUAAAAUAAUAAUCAUUAUAAAUAAUAAACAAAAUCAUAAUUUGAAUGUCUGAUUUAUUACAUUUCUGAUAUGACAUGUGAUAUUAGGAUUUUUUUUCUCCUGGUUUCUAUUGUGACUGUAGAGGGUGUGGGAGCAUUAAACAAAUACCUGUAAAAUGUUAAAUAAAUAUACUUCCCAUCUAAAGUAAUAAGCGCUUUGACUGAUAUAGCAUAACCAUCCAUGAAUCUGGGGUGGGGGAAACUAGGUGUCCCGAAAUAAAUUAGCCCCAUGGGCAUGGAGGGUGGACAGUGAUUUGUCCAUUCCUUCCCCAAAUCUUUAAAUUGGGGCAUGGACACCACAACAUAUGGCAUGGGGGAGGUAUAAAUGAUUAUUUUUUUUAAUUCUCCCCCUUGCCAUGCUGAACAAAUUUCAGAAUGACAUCGAACAAAAAAAAAAACUGAUAGGCGAGCCAUUCAGUCAUGCUAAUUAUGACUAAAUUACCCAAAAACUUAAUUUUGUCAUUCUUCUGAAUAUGAAUACAGAAGUCUUUUAUCUAGUAGUUCCCUCUGUAACUCAUGUUGUCCACUAGAGAGCAGUCUAUCCCAAGGAAUAAUACGUUUGUCCAUAAUACCUGGGACUGUAGUACAUCCUAUUUUAAAGCACACUGUUUUCUUAAAAUGUAACUAUGCAAAUUAAUCUUUGCGAUUGACAAUAACAAUUGUUUGUUUUUUUUAUUUAAUUCUUUUUUAGAUUGGGUACAAGAAUAUGCAGAACGUGGAACAGCUACCAUUAACAUUGGAGAAGGCGAUACAGCUGGUCAAAGAUGUCUUCAUAUCAGCAGCUGAAAGAGAUGUAUACACAGGAGAUACUCUUAAAAUAAGUAUUGUUACCAAGGAUGGCAUAAAAGAAGAGACAAUGUCUCUGAGAAAAGAUUAGUUGCUAACUGAUGUCAUUAAAGUGACAACUCAUUUUAUAUAUAUAUUUUUAAGUACAUACAGAUAAUUGGUAAAUAAACAUCAUUGGAAGAAUGUUUUUUUUUUUUUUUUGACCUUUGUGUAAUUAGUGCUCAGUGGGCAUACAGCACUUUUUGUUAUGUUGGCCUGUCUUAUAAUUAAAACACUGUAUUGGAACAAAGAAGCUUAAAAUUGUGUUCACUUUUAUUAAUCAUGUUACAUUUUAUAUUCCACAGGGGGGUUGCUUUAUAAGUGUUCUCAAAUGUCCCUUGUUCAUCUUCUAAAUAAAACUUGUAUUUGUC